CACAAAACACUUGUUAGUCUGAAUCAGAGAAUUCGGUGUCCCUGCUUUCUGACUCAUCAGAUUCAGAUGACUCCACCCUCCUCUGAGCAACAUCCUCCUCCUCCUCCUCACUCUCAACUUCUUCUUCCUCUUCAACUGGCCCUGGUGCAGGUAAGUGUGUGGGGAGAGCAGGCUGUGUGUGGUGGACAGGACGACAGCGACCAACCACCAAUUCCCAACCAUGUCCAAGUGGCGAGGGGUGAUUCUUCAGUGUGGGGUGGCGCACUAGAUAUGCCGAGUAGUUGGCGCGGAGACAGUGUUGCCAUAAGCUGUCUGCAUCUGGAGAGAGACGGAUAGACAAUUUUCUCUUCAUGGUCUUCCACUUGGAGGCACGAGCAUCAGCCAUGGUGCUACUCUUCUUGUCUCCAUAGAUCACUUGUCUCGUGAAUGCAAAUAGCUUUUGUUCUACCUCCUCUUCAAGCUCAAGGCUAUCUAAUUGCAUUGCAUUUUGCAUUGCACAUUGCACCAACUUGUCAACACAACAACCGAUGGAAGACUACAGCAUUGAACAGUCGGAAGCUGACACCAUCCUCUUCACUGUUCAUGCAGGUCUACGGCAGUCAGGCUAUAGUGGCCCCGUUGUUAUUGAUGCAGCUGAUACGGAUGUCUACGUUGCAGCAUCGGUCAUCUCACAGCUGCUCCCUGGCAUGCUAUGCCUCAAGAGGAACAAAGAGACAGUCCUCUGUCAUGGCAUGCUAACAGAAGAGAUGGCACAAUGCGUUGUGCAGCUACACUGUUUUACAGGCUGUGAUGCCAACUCAGGAUUUUAUGGCAAAGGAAAAUCAUCAGUGGAGAAAAGAAGAGUAGCACCAUGGCUGAUGCCCGUGACUCCAAGUGGAAGACCAUGAAGAACUCAACUACCUCUCCACAUAUGCAGCACGCCCUCUGAUGUGCAAUAGGAAAAAAAGAAAUAAAAAUACCAAAAAAAGACCCCAAAAAAAAGAAAAAAAAAACCCUCUCCAGGAACCAUCACCUUUCCGUGGUGGAGGGGUUUGUGUGUCCCUAUGACCCUGAGAGCUUUCUUGUCUGGAGCUGUGUGCUCCUGGUAGGGUCUCCAAUGACAAACUUGUCUCUGGCGAGGGGCCUGACGAAGAAUGGUUCAGGGCAGGCCAGCAGUCCCUAAGUUACUGCUCUAAAAUAUUGAUAUGAUAGGAAUAUAUGGGCUAUUUUUAGUUGCCUAUAUUUUUUACAAGAAAAUCUACUGACCUCAGAUGUUGUGAAAAACAUAUUUAAAGGUAUGAAAAUUAAAUAUAAGUAAAAAUAUUUAGUGGAAAUUAUAAUUAAACACUAAUUUUCCAGUUUUUGUUGGAUUACCUAUGAGACAUACUAAGAUAUAGUUUUCAAAAAUGGGUAGUUCUGUAAAGAAAUAAUGAAGGUUUUUGAUUUAAUAUGCUUUUUAAACUCUUAAACUAGUUGACAGAAAAUAACCUCAACUUUACCUCAAGAGAUAUUUAUAUUCCUUUGAGAUUAAAGUGAAUUAAAGUUGAUAUUAAACUUUUAGAUAUAACCUACCAGUGUAAGUGUUUUUCUAAAGUAAACAGCAUUUUAAAUCUCCAUGGUAACCUGUGACGAUGUAAAAACUUUAAAUCAUUACAAGUCGAUAAAGAGUGGUCAUUUCUGAAGAUUCAAUCUGAAGAUCGACACGAAAAACUUCUGUGGCUCACAAACUUUCACCUUUUGACAGCUCCAUCGUAAAUAAAACCUCCCCAGACGACUAAAGACUCAAACUCUGACAAAUACCUGAACAGAGAGGACAACAGCAACGACAUGGAGACCGUAAGAUUUCAUGACAAUAUUAUCAUACAAACUUGUGUUAUCGUCGAGACUUUGAGAAUAGUUAGUUUAAAAGUGAUGCAUUGAAUGAUGAAGCUAAAGUCCUGCCCACCACUGACCACUGUGGUCCUGUCCUGCAUGUUUAACAGCAGAAAAGUUCAUGUAAUUGUGAGAAAUCUCUGCGUUUAAAAAUGUAAAUCUAUUUAAAAACUUACAAAAACAGACAAAAUUAAGUGAAAAGAAAUUUCUUAUGUACAGCCUUUAAAAUUAAGAGUUUGAUAAAGUUUCACUCAAAUAUGUUUUCAUGUUUCCAUGAAUCAAGUGUGUGUUUUCUACAACAAAAUGUAAAACUUCAUUAUGGUUUUGACAGGGAAAAACUCACCUUAAGUGUAAUCGAAACACUGUCCUUCUGUAGCAAUCCGUUUUUUUCAAACUGAAAACUGAGGGUUUUCUUAUUAUUGAAUCCUGAAAAUACACAGUCUUUCCCCCAAUGAAAUAAAAUGACUGAAAUAGACUAACCAAAAAUAUCAAUUCUUAAUGUGGGGUUGUAUUGAUAUUAAUCUAUUUCUAUUGCACAAUUAACCUGCUGAUUAGAAACUAAAUACAAAUUCUAAGACAUUUAUAACCAGGACAGAGAUUCACUGAUGGCCUGAAGAUUAACCCAACCUGAGCAUUUGACUUGGCUGCUGACCUUCAGUAAGUGCUACAUGUUGGGGCGGUUGUACAUGGCAAAUUCAACGAGCUGGACAGGAGGAGGUUGCAGCAAAUGCACAUCAUGAUCACCUCAAAUAGAGACACUGAUGAUUUCUCUGUUCAUAAGUGCUUCUCUUUGGGGGUGUUUUGUUGGUGUCUUUUCACCAAAAAGCAGGUAUGAAACAGAAAAAUACUGGCAAAGACAUGUUUCAUUAUGGCUUACUGGUUUUGUCAUGAUUAUUUAUUAUUAUUUUUCAUUCCUUAUUAUUUGUCAUGAUUAUGUCACCAGCAUUACCCAAACACAUGCACUGACUAGAUAAGUGAAAGCAGUAAGUGCUACUUGUUGGGGUAGUGUUGCUGAAAACGGACUCUCAGCUGUCAACACAGAAGCCCCCUGGGAGAUAUAUUCUUGUACAACAGAAUUUUAGCUCAGGAAAACACUGGUCCAGAACUGUUUCUGAGCUGAGGGUCAAUAUCACUACCCUGACUUGAGCAUUAACUUGCACCUUGAACUCAGUAAGUGCUACUUGUUGGGGCAGUUUUACUUGACAGAAAAAGCUGUGUGUGUGCGUCCUUUUUUCAUUGUUCUUGAAGUCUGAUCAUGCAAGAAUGUCUCCUAGAUCACUCCAAACAGAGCCACUGCUGAUUUGCUUCAACAAAAGUGCUUCUCUUUGGGGUUGUCUAGGAUGGUAAAAACCACCAAGAGGAUAUGAAAGUUCUCGACUGUUCAUCCACCAGCACUGUGGCAACAUUUGUUUUCAUAAUUUAAUCCAGGAUUAAAAGCCUUGCUGUGCUGAUCAGGGAAAAAUGAGGGGGGUCUAGUCUUGCCUGUAACUGGUCAGUACUGUAACCCCAACACAAACACUGACUUGGGUUCCACAUGCAGUAAGUGCUUUUUGUUGGGGUAGUUUUACUGACAAAGAACUAUUGCAAAGACUCAGAUGAAUAAGGCAUCAACAAAAUCCAGAUGACUGGUUCACAGGGCAGUCAUGACAAGAUGUAGUCUUAUUUCAUCACCCCCUCCGCAUUAAAAGUAGACUUUGAAUGUUACAAUGUAAUGAUGUUGAAUCCGAUGAGGAGGACAUGUGAGGGGCAAGGUGAUAUUUUUUGAUGGGGUGUGAGGCCGCUUACCACUACUCAUUAAUGGGACAUUACCCAGGCUGAUGGGCCAUCCUGUUGAGUAUGGAUCUCUGAAUACAAGCAAUAGUCACAGCUAUGGAAACCAGGAAGUUAACGGGUGGAGUCAAGCCCAAAGGACUGCUUGAAGGAUAUAAAGUUGAGGAAAUGAUGAAAAGCAAUUAAAUGCCUUCCAAAGGGACGCUGCAUGGGGGUCCUGGAAGUAGCAUCUAAGACAUAUAUAACCAGGACAGAAAUUCACUGAUGGCCUGAAGAUUAACCCAACCUGAGCAUUUGACUUGGCUGCUGACCUUCAGUAAGUGCUACAUGUUGGGGCGGUUGUACAUGGCAAAUUCAACGAGCUGGACAGGAGGAGGUUGCAGCAAAUGCACAACAUGAUCACCUCAAAUAGAGACACUGAUGAUUUCUCUGUUCAUAAGUGCUUCUCUUUGGGGGUGUUUUGUUGGUGUCUUUUCACCAAAAAGCAGGUAUGAAACAGAAAAAUACUGGCAAAGACAUGUUUCAUUAUGGCUUACUGGUUUUGUCAUGAUUAUUUAUUAUUAUUUUUCAUUCCUUAUUAUUUGUCAUGAUUAUGUCACCAGCAUUACCCAAACACAUGCACUGACUAGAUAAGUGAAAGCAGUAAGUGCUACUUGUUGGGGUAGUGUUGCUGAAAACCAACUCUCAGCUGUCAAUACCAAAGCCCCCUGGGAGAUAUAUUCUUGUACAACAGAAUUUUAGCUCAGGAAAACACUGGUCCAGAACUGUUUCUGAGCUGAGGGUCAAUAUCACUACCCUGACUUGAGCAUUAACUUGCACCUUGAACUCAGUAAGUGCUACUUGUUGGGGCAGUUUUACUUGACAGAAAAAGCUGUGUGUGCGUCCUUUUUUCAUUGUUCUUGAAGUCUGAUCAUGCAAGAAUGUCUCCUAGAUCACUCCAAACAGAGCCACUGCUGAUUUGCUUCAACAAAAGUGCUUCUCUUUGGGGUUGUCUAGGAUGGUAAAAACCACCAAGAGGAUAUGAAAGUUCUCGACUGUUCAUCCACCAGCACUGUGGCAACAUUUGUUUUCAUAAUUUAAUCCAGGAUUAAAAGCCUUGCUGUGCUGAUCAGGGAAAAAUGAGGGGGUCUAGUCUUGCCUGUAACUGGUCAGUACUGUAACCCCAACACAAACACUGACUUGGGUUCCACAUGCAGUAAGUGCUUUUUGUUGGGGUAGUUUUACUGACAAAGAACUAUUGCAAAGACUCAGAUGAAUAAGGCAUCAACAAAAUCCAGAUGACUGGUUCACAGGGCAGUCAUGACAAGAUGUAGUCUUAUUUCAUCACCCCCUCCGCAUUAAAAGUAGAUUUUGAAUGUUACAAUGUAAUGAUGUUGAAUCCGAUGAGGAGGACAUGUGAGGGGCAAGGUGAUAUUUUUUGAUGGGGUGUGAGGCCGCUUACCACUACUCAUUAAUGGGACAUUACCCAGGCUGAUGGGCCAUCCUGUUGAGUAUGGAUCUCUGAAUACAAGCAAUAGUCACAGCUAUGGAAACCAGGAAGUUACCGGGUGGAGUCAAGCCCAAAGGACUGCUUGAAGGAUAUAAAGUUGAGGAAAUGAUGAAAAGCAAUUAAAUGCCUUCCAAAGGGACGCUGCAUGGGGGUCCUGGAAGUAGCAUCUAAGACAUAUAUAACCAGGACAGAAAUUCACUGAUGGCCUGAAGAUUAACCCAACCUGAGCAUUUGACUUGGCUGCUGACCUUCAGUAAGUGCUACAUGUUGGGGCGGUUGUACAUGGCAAAUUCAACGAGCUGGACAGGAGGAGGUUGCAGCAAAUGCACAACAUGAUCACCUCAAAUAGAGACACUGAUGAUUUCUCUGUUCAUAAGUGCUUCUCUUUGGGGGUGUUUUGUUGGUGUCUUUUCACCAAAAAGCAGGUAUGAAACAGAAAAAUACUGGCAAAGACAUGUUUCAUUAUGGCUUACUGGUUUUGUCAUGAUUAUUUAUUAUUAUUUUUCAUUCCUUAUUAUUUGUCAUGAUUAUGUCACCAGCAUUACCCAAACACAUGCACUGACUAGAUAAGUGAAAGCAGUAAGUGCUACUUGUUGGGGUAGUGUUGCUGAAAACCAACUCUCAGCUGGCAAUACCAAAGCCCCCUGGGAGAUAUAUUCUUGUACAACAGAAUUUUAGCUCAGGAAAACACUGGUCCAGAACUGUUUCUGAGCUGAGGGUCAAUAUCACUACCCUGACUUGAGCAUUAACUUGCACCUUGAACUCAGUAAGUGCUACUUGUUGGGGCAGUUUUACUUGACAGAAAAAGCUGUGUGUGUGCGUCCUUUUUUUAAUUGUUCUUGAAGUCUGAUCAUGCAAGAUUGUCUCCUAGAUCACUCCAAACAGAGCCACUGCUGAUUUGCUUCAACAAAAGUGCUUCUCUUUGGGGUUGUCUAGGAUGGUAAAAACCACCAAGAGGAUAUGAAAGUUCUCGACUGUUCAUCCACCAGCACUGUGGCAACAUUUGUUUUCAUAAUUUAAUCCAGGAUUAAAAGCCUUGCUGUGCUGAUCAGGGAAAAAUGAGGGGGGUCUAGUCUUGCCUGUAACUGGUCAGUACUGUAACCCCAACACAAACACUGACUUGGGUUCCACAUGCAGUAAGUGCUUUUUGUUGGGGUAGUUUUACUGACAAAGAACUAUUGCAAAGACUCAGAUGAAUAAGGCAUCAACAAAAUCCAGAUGACUGGUUCACAGGGCAGUCAUGACAAGAUGUACUCUUAUUUCAUCACCCCCUCCGCAUUAAAAGUAGACUUUGAAUGUUACAAUGUAAUGAUGUUGAAUCCGAUGAGGAGGACAUGUGAGGGGCAAGGUGAUAUUUUUUGAUGGGGUGUGAGGCCGCUUACCACUACUCAUUAAUGGGACAUUACCCAGGCUGAUGGGCCAUCCUGUUGAGUAUGGAUCUCUGAAUACAAGCAAUAGUCACAGCUAUGGAAACCAGGAAGUUAACGGGUGGAGUCAAGCCCAAAGGACUGCUUGAAGGAUAUAAAGUUGAGGAAAUGAUGAAAAGCAAUUAAAUGCCUUCCAAAGGGACGCUGCAUGGGGGUCCUGGAAGUAGCAUCUAAGACAUAUAUAACCAGGACAGAAAUUCACUGAUGGCCUGAAGAUUAACCCAACCUGAGCAUUUGACUUGGCUGCUGACCUUCAGUAAGUGCUACAUGUUGGGGCGGUUGUACAUGGCAAAUUCAACGAGCUGGACAGGAGGAGGUUGCAGCAAAUGCACAACAUGAUCACCUCAAAUAGAGACACUGAUGAUUUCUCUGUUCAUAAGUGCUUCUCUUUGGGGGUGUUUUGUUGGUGUCUUUUCACCAAAAAGCAGGUAUGAAACAGAAAAAUACUGGCAAAGACAUGUUUCAUUAUGGCUUACUGGUUUUGUCAUGAUUAUUUAUUAUUAUUUUUCAUUCCUUAUUAUUUGUCAUGAUUAUGUCACCAGCAUUACCCAAACACAUGCACUGACUAGAUAAGUGAAAGCAGUAAGUGCUACUUGUUGGGGUAGUGUUGCUGAAAACCAACUCUCAGCUGGCAAUACCAAAGCCCCCUGGGAGAUAUAUUCUUGUACAACAGAAUUUUAGCUCAGGAAAACACUGGUCCAGAACUGUUUCUGAGCUGAGGGUCAAUAUCACUACCCUGACUUGAGCAUUAACUUGCACCUUGAACUCAGUAAGUGCUACUUGUUGGGGCAGUUUUACUUGACAGAAAAAGCUGUGUGUGCGCGUCCUUUUUUCAUUGUUCUUGAAGUCUGAUCAUGCAAGAAUGUCUCCUAGAUCACUCCAAACAGAGCCACUGCUGAUUUGCUUCAACAAAAGUGCUUCUCUUUGGGGUUGUCUAGGAUGGUAAAAACCACCAAGAGGAUAUGAAAGUUCUCGACUGUUCAUCCACCAGCACUGUGGCAACAUUUGUUUUCAUAAUUUAAUCCAGGAUUAAAAGCCUUGCUGUGCUGAUCAGGGAAAAAUGAGGGGGGUCUAGUCUUGCCUGUAACUGGUCAGUACUGUAACCCCAACACAAACACUGACUUGGGUUCCACAUGCAGUAAGUGCUUUUUGUUGGGGUAGUUUUACUGACAAAGAACUAUUGCAAAGACUCAGAUGAAUAAGGCAUCAACAAAAUCCAGAUGACUGGUUCACAGGGCAGUCAUGACAAGAUGUAGUCUUAUUUCAUCACCCCCUCCACAUUAAAAGUAGAUUUUGAAUGUUACAAUGUAAUGAUGUUGAAUCCGAUGAGGAGGACAUGUGAGGGGCAAGGUGAUAUUUUUUAAUGGGGUGUGAGGCCGCUUACCACUACUCAUUAAUGGGACAUUACCCAGGCUGAUGGGCCAUCCUGUUGAGUAUGGAUCUCUGAAUACAAGCAAUAGUCACAGCUAUGGAAACCAGGAAGUUAACGGGUGGAGUCAAGCCCAAAGGACUGCUUGAAGGAUAUAAAGUUGAGGAAAUGAUGAAAAGCAAUUAAAUGCCUUCCAAAGGGACGCUGCAUGGGGGUCCUGGAAGUAGCAUCUAAGACAUAUAUAACCAGGACAGAAAUUCACUGAUGGCCUGAAGAUUAACCCAACCUGAGCAUUUGACUUGGCUGCUGACCUUCAGUAAGUGCUACAUGUUGGGGCGGUUGUACAUGGCAAAUUCAACGAGCUGGACAGGAGGAGGUUGCAGCAAAUGCACAACAUGAUCACCUCAAAUAGAGACACUGAUGAUUUCUCUGUUCAUAAGUGCUUCUCUUUGGGGGUGUUUUGUUGGUGUCUUUUCACCAAAAAGCAGGUAUGAAACAGAAAAAUACUGGCAAAGACAUGUUUCAUUAUGGCUUACUGGUUUUGUCAUGAUUAUUUAUUAUUAUUUUUCAUUCCUUAUUAUUUGUCAUGAUUAUGUCACCAGCAUUACCCAAACACAUGCACUGACUAGAUAAGUGAAAGCAGUAAGUGCUACUUGUUGGGGUAGUGUUGCUGAAAACCAACUCUCAGCUGUCAAUACCAAAGCCCCCUGGGAGAUAUAUUCUUGUACAACAGAAUUUUAGCUCAGGAAAACACUGGUCCAGAACUGUUUCUGAGCUGAGGGUCAAUAUCACUACCCUGACUUGAGCAUUAACUUGCACCUUGAACUCAGUAAGUGCUACUUGUUGGGGCAGUUUUACUUGACAGAAAAAGCUGUGUGUGCGCGUCCUUUUUUCAUUGUUCUUGAAGUCUGAUCAUGCAAGAAUGUCUCCUAGAUCACUCCAAACAGAGCCACUGCUGAUUUGCUUCAACAAAAGUGCUUCUCUUUGGGGUUGUCUAGGAUGGUAAAAACCACCAAGAGGAUAUGAAAGUUCUCGACUGUUCAUCCACCAGCACUGUGGCAACAUUUGUUUUCAUAAUUUAAUCCAGGAUUAAAAGCCUUGCUGUGCUGAUCAGGGAAAAAUGAGGGGGGUCUAGUCUUGCCUGUAACUGGUCAGUACUGUAACCCCAACACAAACACUGACUUGGGUUCCACAUGCAGUAAGUGCUUUUUGUUGGGGUAGUUUUACUGACAAAGAACUAUUGCAAAGACUCAGAUGAAUAAGGCAUCAACAAAAUCCAGAUGACUGGUUCACAGGGCAGUCAUGACAAGAUGUAGUCUUAUUUCAUCACCCCCUCCACAUUAAAAGUAGAUUUUGAAUGUUACAAUGUAAUGAUGUUGAAUCCGAUGAGGAGGACAUGUGAGGGGCAAGGUGAUAUUUUUUAAUGGGGUGUGAGGCCGCUUACCACUACUCAUUAAUGGGACAUUACCCAGGCUGAUGGGCCAUCCUGUUGAGUAUGGAUCUCUGAAUACAAGCAAUAGUCACAGCUAUGGAAACCAGGAAGUUAACGGGUGGAGUCAAGCCCAAAGGACUGCUUGAAGGAUAUAAAGUUGAGGAAAUGAUGAAAAGCAAUUAAAUGCCUUCCAAAGGGACGCUGCAUGGGGGUCCUGGAAGUAGCAUCUAAGACAUAUAUAACCAGGACAGAAAUUCACUGAUGGCCUGAAGAUUAACCCAACCUGAGCAUUUGACUUGGCUGCUGACCUUCAGUAAGUGCUACAUGUUGGGGCGGUUGUACAUGGCAAAUUCAACGAGCUGGACAGGAGGAGGUUGCAGCAAAUGCACAACAUGAUCACCUCAAAUAGAGACACUGAUGAUUUCUCUGUUCAUAAGUGCUUCUCUUUGGGGGUGUUUUGUUGGUGUCUUUUCACCAAAAAGCAGGUAUGAAACAGAAAAAUACUGGCAAAGACAUGUUUCAUUAUGGCUUACUGGUUUUGUCAUGAUUAUUUAUUAUUAUUUUUCAUUCCUUAUUAUUUGUCAUGAUUAUGUCACCAGCAUUACCCAAACACAUGCACUGACUAGAUAAGUGAAAGCAGUAAGUGCUACUUGUUGGGGUAGUGUUGCUGAAAACCAACUCUCAGCUGUCAAUACCAAAGCCCCCUGGGAGAUAUAUUCUUGUACAACAGAAUUUUAGCUCAGGAAAACACUGGUCCAGAACUGUUUCUGAGCUGAGGGUCAAUAUCACUACCCUGACUUGAGCAUUAACUUGCACCUUGAACUCAGUAAGUGCUACUUGUUGGGGCAGUUUUACUUGACAGAAAAAGCUGUGUGUGCGCGUCCUUUUUUCAUUGUUCUUGAAGUCUGAUCAUGCAAGAAUGUCUCCUAGAUCACUCCAAACAGAGCCACUGCUGAUUUGCUUCAACAAAAGUGCUUCUCUUUGGGGUUGUCUAGGAUGGUAAAAACCACCAAGAGGAUAUGAAAGUUCUCGACUGUUCAUCCACCAGCACUGUGGCAACAUUUGUUUUCAUAAUUUAAUCCAGGAUUAAAAGCCUUGCUGUGCUGAUCAGGGAAAAAUGAGGGGGGUCUAGUCUUGCCUGUAACUGGUCAGUACUGUAACCCCAACACAAACACUGACUUGGGUUCCACAUGCAGUAAGUGCUUUUUGUUGGGGUAGUUUUACUGACAAAGAACUAUUGCAAAGACUCAGAUGAAUAAGGCAUCAACAAAAUCCAGAUGACUGGUUCACAGGGCAGUCAUGACAAGAUGUAGUCUUAUUUCAUCACCCCCUCCGCAUUAAAAGUAGACUUUGAAUGUUACAAUGUAAUGAUGUUGAAUCCGAUGAGGAGGACAUGUGAGGGGCAAGGUGAUAUUUUUUAAUGGGGUGUGAGGCCGCUUACCACUACUCAUUAAUGGGACAUUACCCAGGCUGAUGGGCCAUCCUGUUGAGUAUGGAUCUCUGAAUACAAGCAAUAGUCACAGCUAUGGAAACCAGGAAGUUAACGGGUGGAGUCAAGCCCAAAGGACUGCUUGAAGGAUAUAAAGUUGAGGAAAUGAUGAAAAGCAAUUAAAUGCCUUCCAAAGGGACGCUGCAUGGGGGUCCUGGAAGUAGCAUCUAAGACAUAUAUAACCAGGACAGAAAUUCACUGAUGGCCUGAAGAUUAACCCAACCUGAGCAUUUGACUUGGCUGCUGACCUUCAGUAAGUGCUACAUGUUGGGGCGGUUGUACAUGGCAAAUUCAACGAGCUGGACAGGAGGAGGUUGCAGCAAAUGCACAACAUGAUCACCUCAAAUAGAGACACUGAUGAUUUCUCUGUUCAUAAGUGCUUCUCUUUGGGGGUGUUUUGUUGGUGUCUUUUCACCAAAAAGCAGGUAUGAAACAGAAAAAUACUGGCAAAGACAUGUUUCAUUAUGGCUUACUGGUUUUGUCAUGAUUAUUUAUUAUUAUUUUUCAUUCCUUAUUAUUUGUCAUGAUUAUGUCACCAGCAUUACCCAAACACAUGCACUGACUAGAUAAGUGAAAGCAGUAAGUGCUACUUGUUGGGGUAGUGUUGCUGAAAACCAACUCUCAGCUGUCAAUACCAAAGCCCCCUGGGAGAUAUAUUCUUGUACAACAGAAUUUUAGCUCAGGAAAACACUGGUCCAGAACUGUUUCUGAGCUGAGGGUCAAUAUCACUACCCUGACUUGAGCAUUAACUUGCACCUUGAACUCAGUAAGUGCUACUUGUUGGGGCAGUUUUACUUGACAGAAAAAGCUGUGUGUGUGCGUCCUUUUUCAUUGUUCUUGAAGUCUGAUCAUGCAAGAAUGUCUCCUAGAUCACUCCAAACAGAGCCACUGCUGUUUUUCUUCAACAAAAGUGCUUCUCUUUGGGGCUGUCUAGGAUGGUAAAAACCACCAAGAGGAUAUGAAAGUUCUCGACUGUUCAUCCACCAGCACUGUGGCAACAUUUGUUUUCAUAAUUUAAUCCAGGAUUAAAAGCCUGUGCUGUGCUGAUCAGGGAAAAAUGAGGGGGGUCUAGUCUUGCCUGUAACUGGUCAGUACUGUAACCCCAACACAAACACUGACUUGGGUUCCACAUGCAGUAAGUGCUUUUUGUUGGGGUAGUUUUACUGACAAAGAACUAUUGCAAAGACUCAGAUGAAUAAGGCAUCAACAAAAUCCAGAUGACUGGUUCACAGGGCAGUCAUGACAAGAUGUAGUCUUAUUUCAUCACCCCCUCCGCAUUAAAAGUAGACUUUGAAUGUUACAAUGUAAUGAUGUUGAAUCCGAUGAGGAGGACAUGUGAGGGGCAAGGUGAUAUUUUUUGAUGGGGUGUGAGGCCGCUUACCACUACUCAUUAAUGGGACAUUACCCAGGCUGAUGGGCCAUCCUGUUGAGUAUGGAUCUCUGAAUACAAGCAAUAGUCACAGCUAUGGAAACCAGGAAGUUACCGGGCGGAGUCAAGCCCAAAGGACUGCUUGAAGGAUAUAAAGUUGAGGAAAUGAUGAAAAGCAAUUAAAUGCCUUCCAAAGGGACGCUGCAUGGGGGUCCUGGAAGUAGCAUCUAAGACAUAUAUAACCAGGACAGAAAUUCACUGAUGGCCUGAAGAUUAACCCAACCUGAGCAUUUGACUUGGCUGCUGACCUUCAGUAAGUGCUACAUGUUGGGGCGGUUGUACAUGGCAAAUUCAACCGAGCUGGACAGGAGGAGGUUGCAGCAAAUGCACAACAUGAUCACCUCAAAUAGAGACACUGAUGAUUUCUCUGUUCAUAAGUGCUUCUCUUUGGGGGUGUUUUGUUGGUGUCUUUUCACCAAAAAGCAGGUAUGAAACAGAAAAAUACUGGCAAAGACAUGUUUCAUUAUGGCUUACUGGUUUUGUCAUGAUUAUUUAUUAUUAUUUUUCAUUCCUUAUUAUUUGUCAUGAUUAUGUCACCAGCAUUACCCAAACACAUGCACUGACUAGAUAAGUGAAAGCAGUAAGUGCUACUUGUUGGGGUAGUGUUGCUGAAAACCAACUCUCAGCUGUCAAUACCAAAGCCCCCUGGGAGAUAUAUUCUUGUACAACAGAAUUUUAGCUCAGGAAAACACUGGUCCAGAACUGUUUCUGAGCUGAGGGUCAAUAUCACUACCCUGACUUGAGCAUUAACUUGCACCUUGAACUCAGUAAGUGCUACUUGUUGGGGCAGUUUUACUUGACAGAAAAAGCUGUGUGUGCGCGUCCUUUUUUCAUUGUUCUUGAAGUCUGAUCAUGCAAGAAUGUCUCCUAGAUCACUCCAAACAGAGCCACUGCUGAUUUGCUUCAACAAAAGUGCUUCUCUUUGGGGUUGUCUAGGAUGGUAAAAACCACCAAGAGGAUAUGAAAGUUCUCGACUGUUCAUCCACCAGCACUGUGGCAACAUUUGUUUUCAUAAUUUAAUCCAGGAUUAAAAGCCUUGCUGUGCUGAUCAGGGAAAAAUGAGGGGGGUCUAGUCUUGCCUGUAACUGGUCAGUACUGUAACCCCAACACAAACACUGACUUGGGUUCCACAUGCAGUAAGUGCUUUUUGUUGGGGUAGUUUUACUGACAAAGAACUAUUGCAAAGACUCAGAUGAAUAAGGCAUCAACAAAAUCCAGAUGACUGGUUCACAGGGCAGUCAUGACAAGAUGUAGUCUUAUUUCAUCACCCCCUCCACAUUAAAAGUAGAUUUUGAAUGUUACAAUGUAAUGAUGUUGAAUCCGAUGAGGAGGACAUGUGAGGGGCAAGGUGAUAUUUUUUAAUGGGGUGUGAGGCCGCUUACCACUAGCGGUGCAGACAUCACCCAGGCUGAUGGGCCAUCCUGUUGAGUAUGGAUCUCUGAAUACAAGCAAUAGUCACAGCUAUGGAAACCAGGAAGUUAACGGGUGGAGUCAAGCCCAAAGGACUGCUUGAAGGAUAUAAAGUUGAGGAAAUGAUGAAAAGCAAUUAAAUGCCUUCCAAAGGGACGCUGCAUGGGGGUCCUGGAAGUAGCAUCUAAGACAUAUAUAACCAGGACAGAAAUUCACUGAUGGCCUGAAGAUUAACCCAACCUGAGCAUUUGACUUGGCUGCUGACCUUCAGUAAGUGCUACAUGUUGGGGCGGUUGUACAUGGCAAAUUCAACCAGCUGGACAGGAGGAGGUUGCAGCAAAUGCACAACAUGAUCACCUCAAAUAGAGACACUGAUGAUUUCUCUGUUCAUAAGUGCUUCUCUUUGGGGGUGUUUUGUUGGUGUCUUUUCACCAAAAAGCAGGUAUGAAACAGAAAAAUACUGGCAAAGACAUGUUUCAUUAUGGCUUACUGGUUUUGUCAUGAUUAUUUAUUAUUAUUUUUCAUUCCUUAUUAUUUGUCAUGAUUAUGUCACCAGCAUUACCCAAACACAUGCACUGACUAGAUAAGUGAAAGCAGUAAGUGCUACUUGUUGGGGUAGUGUUGCUGAAAACCAACUCUCAGCUGUCAAUACCAGAAGCCCCCUGGGAGAUAUAUUCUUGUACAACAGAAUUUUAGCUCAGGAAAACACUGGUCCAGAACUGUUUCUGAGCUGAGGGUCAAUAUCACUACCCUGACUUGAGCAUUAACUUGCACCUUGAACUCAGUAAGUGCUACUUGUUGGGGCAGUUUUACUUGACAGAAAAAGCUGUGUGUGCGCGUCCUUUUUUCAUUGUUCUUGAAGUCUGAUCAUGCAAGAAUGUCUCCUAGAUCACUCCAAACAGAGCCACUGCUGAUUUGCUUCAACAAAAGUGCUUCUCUUUGGGGUUGUCUAGGAUGGUAAAAACCACCAAGAGGUUAUGAAAGUUCUCGACUGUUCAUCCACCUUCACUGUGGCAACAUUUGUUUUCAUAAUUUAAUCCAGGAUUAAAAGCCUUGCUGUGCUGAUCAGGGAAAAAUGAGGGGGGUCUAGUCUUGCCUGUAACUGGUCAGUACUGUAACCCCAACACAAACACUGACUUGGGUUCCACAUGCAGUAAGUGCUUUUUGUUGGGGUAGUUUUACUGACAAAGAACUAUUGCAAAGACUCAGAUGAAUAAGGCAUCAACAAAAUCCAGAUGACUGGUUCACAGGGCAGUCAUGACAAGAUGUACUCUUAUUUCAUCACCCCCUCCGCAUUAAAAGUAGACUUUGAAUGUUACAAUGUAAUGAUGUUGAAUCCGAUGAGGAGGACAUGUGAGGGGCAAGGUGAUAUUUUUUGAUGGGGUGUGAGGCCGCUUACCACUACUCAUUAAUGGGACAUUACCCAGGCUGAUGGGCCAUCCUGUUGAGUAUGGAUCUCUGAAUACAAGCAAUAGUCACAGCUAUGGAAACCAGGAAGUUACCGGUUGGAGUCAAGCCCAAAGGACUGCUUGAAGGAUAUAAAGUUGAGGAAAUGAUGAAAAGCAAUUAAAUGCCUUCCAAAGGGACGCUGCAUGGGGGUCCUGGAAGUAGCAUCUAAGACAUAUAUAACCAGGACAGAAAUUCACUGAUGGCCUGAAGAUUAACCCAACCUGAGCAUUUGACUUGGCUGCUGACCUUCAGGAAGUGCUUCAUGUUGGGGCGGUUGUACAUGGCAAAUUCAACGAGCUGGACAGGAGGAGGUUGCAGCAAAUGCACAACAUGAUCACCUCAAAUAGAGACACUGAUGAUUUCUCUGUUCAUAAGUGCUUCUCUUUGGGGGUGUUUUGUUGGUGUCUUUUCACCAAAAAGCAGGUAUGAAACAGAAAAAUACUGGCAAAGACAUGUUUCAUUAUGGCUUACUGGUUUUGUCAUGAUUAUUUAUUAUUAUUUUUCAUUCCUUAUUAUUUGUCAUGAUUAUGUCACCAGCAUUACCCAAACACAUGCACUGACUAGAUAAGUGAAAGCAGUAAGUGCUACUUGUUGGGGUAGUGUUGCUGAAAACCAACUCUCAGCUGUCAAUACACAAAGCCCCCUGGGAGAUAUAUUCUUGUACAACAGAAUUUUAGCUCAGGAAAACACUGGUCCAGAACUGUUUCUGAGCUGAGGGUCAAUAUCACUACCCUGACUUGAGCAUUAACUUGCACCUUGAACUCAGUAAGUGCUACUUGUUGGGGCAGUUUUACUUGACAGAAAAAGCUGUGUGUGUGCGUCCUUUUUUCAUUGUUCUUGAAGUCUGAUCAUGCAAGAUUGUCUCCUAGAUCACUCCAAACAGAGCCACUGCUGAUUUGCUUCAACAAAAGUGCUUCUCUUUGGGGUUGUCUAGGAUGGUAAAAACCACCAAGAGGAUAUGAAAGUUCUCGACUGUUCAUCCACCAGCACUGUGGCAACAUUUGUUUUCAUAAUUUAAUCCAGGAUUAAAAGCCUUGCUGUGCUGAUCAGGGAAAAAUGAGGGGGGUCUAGUCUUGCCUGUAACUGGUCAGUACUGUAACCCCAACACAAACACUGACUUGGGUUCCACAUGCAGUAAGUGCUUUUUGUUGGGGUAGUUUUACUGACAAAGAACUAUUGCAAAGACUCAGAUGAAUAAGGCAUCAACAAAAUCCAGAUGACUGGUUCACAGGGCAGUCAUGACAAGAUGUAGUCUUAUUUCAUCACCCCCUCCACAUUAAAAGUAGACUUUGAAUGUUACAAUGUAAUGAUGUUGAAUCCGAUGAGGAGGACAUGUGAGGGGCAAGGUGAUAUUUUUUGAUGGGGUGUGAGGCUGCUUACCACUACUCAUUAAUGGGACAUUACCCAGGCUGAUGGGCCAUCCUGUUGAGUAUGGAUCUCUGAAUACAAGCAAUAGUCACAGCUAUGGAAACCAGGAAGUUAACGGGCGGAGUCAAGCCCAAAGGACUGCUUGAAGGAUAUAAAGUUGAGGAAAUGAUGAAAAGCAAUUAAAUGCCUUCCAAAGGGACGCUGCAUGGGGGUCCUGGAAGUAGCAUCUAAGACAUAUAUAACCAGGACAGAAAUUCACUGAUGGCCUGAAGAUUAACCCAACCUGAGCAUUUGACUUGGCUGCUGACCUUCAGUAAGUGCUACAUGUUGGGGCGGUUGUACAUGGCAAAUUCAACCAGCUGGACAGGAGGAGGUUGCAGCAAAUGCACAACAUGAUCACCUCAAAUAGAGACACUGAUGAUUUCUCUGUUCAUAAGUGCUUCUCUUUGGGGGUGUUUUGUUGGUGGUGUCUUUUCACCAAAAAGCAGGUAUGAAACAGAAAAAUACUGGCAAAGACAUGUUUCAUUAUGGCUUACUGGUUUUGUCAUGAUUAUUUAUUAUUAUUUUUCAUUCCUUAUUAUUUGUCAUGAUUAUGUCACCAGCAUUACCCAAACACAUGCACUGACUAGAUAAGUGAAAGCAGUAAGUGCUACUUGUUGGGGUAGUGUUGCUGAAAACCAACUCUCAGCUGUCAAUACCAAAGCCCCCUGGGAGAUAUAUUCUUGUACAACAGAAUUUUAGCUCAGGAAAACACUGGUCCAGAACUGUUUCUGAGCUGAGGGUCAAUAUCACUACCCUGACUUGAGCAUUAACUUGCACCUUGAACUCAGUAAGUGCUACUUGUUGGGGCAGUUUUACUUGACAGAAAAAGCUGUGUGUGCGCGUCCUUUUUUCAUUGUUCUUGAAGUCUGAUCAUGCAAGAAUGUCUCCUAGAUCACUCCAAACAGAGCCACUGCUGAUUUGCUUCAACAAAAGUGCUUCUCUUUGGGGUUGUCUAGGAUGGUAAAAACCACCAAGAGGAUAUGAAAGUUCUCGACUGUUCAUCCACCAGCACUGUGGCAACAUUUGUUUUCAUAAUUUAAUCCAGGAUUAAAAGCCUUGCUGUGCUGAUCAGGGAAAAUGAGGGGGGUCUAGUCUUGCCUGUAACUGGUCAGUACUGUAACCCCAACACAAACACUGACUUGGGUUCCACAUGCAGUAAGUGCUUUUUGUUGGGGUAGUUUUACUGACAAAGAACUAUUGCAAAGACUCAGAUGAAUAAGGCAUCAACAAAAUCCAGAUGACUGGUUCACAGGGCAGUCAUGACAAGAUGUACUCUUAUUUCAUCACCCCCUCCGCAUUAAAAGUAGACUUUGAAUGUUACAAUGUAUUGAUGUUGAAUCCGAUGAGGAGGACAUGUGAGGGGCAAGGUGAUAUUUUUUGAUGGGGUGUGAGGCCGCUUACCACUACUCAUUAAUGGGACAUUACCCAGGCUGAUGGGCCAUCCUGUUGAGUAUGGAUCUCUGAAUACAAGCAAUAGUCACAGCUAUGGAAACCAGGAAGUUACCGGGCGGAGUCAAGCCCAAAGGACUGCUUGAAGGAUAUAAAGUUGAGGAAAUGAUGAAAAGCAAUUAAAUGCCUUCCAAAGGGACGCUGCAUGGGGGUCCUGGAAGUAGCAUCUAAGACAUAUAUAACCAGGACAGAAAUUCACUGAUGGCCUGAAGAUUAACCCAACCUGAGCAUUUGACUUGGCUGCUGACCUUCAGUAAGUGCUACAUGUUGGGGCGGUUGUACAUGGCAAAUUCAACAAGCUGGACAGGAGGAGGUUGCAGCAAAUGCACAACAUGAUCACCUCAAAUAGAGACACUGAUGAUUUCUCUGUUCAUAAGUGCUUCUCUUUGGGGGUGUUUUGUUGGUGUCUUUUCACCAAAAAGCAGGUAUGAAACAGAAAAAUACUGGCAAAGACAUGUUUCAUUAUGGCUUACUGGUUUUGUCAUGAUUAUUUAUUAUUAUUUUUCAUUCCUUAUUAUUUGUCAUGAUUAUGUCACCAGCAUUACCCAAACACAUGCACUGACUAGAUAAGUGAAAGCAGUAAGUGCUACUUGUUGGGGUAGUGUUGCUGAAAACCAACUCUCAGCUGUCAAUACCAGAAGCCCCCUGGGAGAUAUAUUCUUGUACAACAGAAUUUUAGCUCAGGAAAACACUGGUCCAGAACUGUUUCUGAGCUGAGGGUCAAUAUCACUACCCUGACUUGAGCAUUAACUUGCACCUUGAACUCAGUAAGUGCUACUUGUUGGGGCAGUUUUACUUGACAGAAAAAGCUGUGUGUGUGCGUCCUUUUUUCAUUGUUCUUGAAGUCUGAUCAUGCAAGAAUGUCUCCUAGAUCACUCCAAACAGAGCCACUGCUGAUUUGCUUCAACAAAAGUGCUUCUCUUUGGGGUUGUCUAGGAUGGUAAAAACCACCAAGAGGAUAUGAAAGUUCUCGACUGUUCAUCCACCAGCACUGUGGCAACAUUUGUUUUCAUAAUUUAAUCCAGGAUUAAAAGCCUUGCUGUGCUGAUCAGGGAAAAAUGAGGGGGGUCUAGUCUUGCCUGUAACUGGUCAGUACUGUAACCCCAACACAAACACUGACUUGGGUUCCACAUGCAGUAAGUGCUUUUUGUUGGGGUAGUUUUACUGACAAAGAACUAUUGCAAAGACUCAGAUGAAUAAGGCAUCAACAAAAUCCAGAUGACUGGUUCACAGGGCAGUCAUGACAAGAUGUAGUCUUAUUUCAUCACCCCCUCCGCAUUAAAAGUAGACUUUGAAUGUUACAAUGUAAUGAUGUUGAAUCCGAUGAGGAGGACAUGUGAGGGGCAAGGUGAUAUUUUUUGAUGGGGUGUGAGGCCGCUUACCACUACUCAUUAAUGGGACAUUACCCAGGCUGAUGGGCCAUCCUGUUGAGUAUGGAUCUCUGAAUACAAGCAAUAGUCACAGCUAUGGAAACCAGGAAGUUAACGGGUGGAGUCAAGCCCAAAGGACUGCUUGAAGGAUAUAAAGUUGAGGAAAUGAUGAAAAGCAAUUAAAUGCCUUCCAAAGGGACGCUGCAUGGGGGUCCUGGAAGUAGCAUCUAAGACAUAUAUAACCAGGACAGAAAUUCACUGAUGGCCUGAAGAUUAACCCAACCUGAGCAUUUGACUUGGCUGCUGACCUUCAGUAAGUGCUACAUGUUGGGGCGGUUGUACAUGGCAAAUUCAACAAGCUGGACAGGAGGAGGUUGCAGCAAAUGCACAACAUGAUCACCUCAAAUAGAGACACUGAUGAUUUCUCUGUUCAUAAGUGCUUCUCUUUGGGGGUGUUUUGUUGGUGUCUUUUCACCAAAAAGCAGGUAUGAAACAGAAAAAUACUGGCAAAGACAUGUUUCAUUAUGGCUUACUGGUUUUGUCAUGAUUAUUUAUUAUUAUUUUUCAUUCCUUAUUAUUUGUCAUGAUUAUGUCACCAGCAUUACCCAAACACAUGCACUGACUAGAUAAGUGAAAGCAGUAAGUGCUACUUGUUGGGGUAGUGUUGCUGAAAACCAACUCUCAGCUGUCAAUACCAAAGCCCCCUGGGAGAUAUAUUCUUGUACAACAGAAUUUUAGCUCAGGAAAACACUGGUCCAGAACUGUUUCUGAGCUGAGGGUCAAUAUCACUACCCUGACUUGAGCAUUAACUUGCACCUUGAACUCAGUAAGUGCUACUUGUUGGGGCAGUUUUACUUGACAGAAAAAGCUGUGUGUGCGCGUCCUUUUUUCAUUGUUCUUGAAGUCUGAUCAUGCAAGAAUGUCUCCUAGAUCACUCCAAACAGAGCCACUGCUGAUUUGCUUCAACAAAAGUGCUUCUCUUUGGGGUUGUCUAGGAUGGUAAAAACCACCAAGAGGAUAUGAAAGUUCUCGACUGUUCAUCCACCAGCACUGUGGCAACAUUUGUUUUCAUAAUUUAAUCCAGGAUUAAAAGCCUUGCUGUGCUGAUCAGGGAAAAAUGAGGGGGGUCUAGUCUUGCCUGUAACUGGUCAGUACUGUAACCCCAACACAAACACUGACUUGGGUUCCACAUGCAGUAAGUGCUUUUUGUUGGGGUAGUUUUACUGACAAAGAACUAUUGCAAAGACUCAGAUGAAUAAGGCAUCAACAAAAUCCAGAUGACUGGUUCACAGGGCAGUCAUGACAAGAUGUACUCUUAUUUCAUCACCCCCUCCGCAUUAAAAGUAGACUUUGAAUGUUACAAUGUAAUGAUGUUGAAUCCGAUGAGGAGGACAUGUGAGGGGCAAGGUGAUAUUUUUUGAUGGGGUGUGAGGCCGCUUACCACUACUCAUUAAUGGGACAUUACCCAGGCUGAUGGGCCAUCCUGUUGAGUAUGGAUCUCUGAAUACAAGCAAUAGUCACAGCUAUGGAAACCAGGAAGUUAACGGGUGGAGUCAAGCCCAAAGGACUGCUUGAAGGAUAUAAAGUUGAGGAAAUGAUGAAAAGCAAUUAAAUGCCUUCCAAAGGGACGCUGCAUGGGGGUCCUGGAAGUAGCAUCUAAGACAUAUAUAACCAGGACAGAAAUUCACUGAUGGCCUGAAGAUUAACCCAACCUGAGCAUUUGACUUGGCUGCUGACCUUCAGUAAGUGCUACAUGUUGGGGCGGUUGUACAUGGCAAAUUCAACGAGCUGGACAGGAGGAGGUUGCAGCAAAUGCACAACAUGAUCACCUCAAAUAGAGACACUGAUGAUUUCUCUGUUCAUAAGUGCUUCUCUUUGGGGGUGUUUUGUUGGUGUCUUUUCACCAAAAAGCAGGUAUGAAACAGAAAAAUACUGGCAAAGACAUGUUUCAUUAUGGCUUACUGGUUUUGUCAUGAUUAUUUAUUAUUAUUUUUCAUUCCUUAUUAUUUGUCAUGAUUAUGUCACCAGCAUUACCCAAACACAUGCACUGACUAGAUAAGUGAAAGCAGUAAGUGCUACUUGUUGGGGUAGUGUUGCUGAAAACCAACUCUCAGCUGUCAAUACCAAAGCCCCCUGGGAGAUAUAUUCUUGUACAACAGAAUUUUAGCUCAGGAAAACACUGGUCCAGAACUGUUUCUGAGCUGAGGGUCAAUAUCACUACCCUGACUUGAGCAUUAACUUGCACCUUGAACUCAGUAAGUGCUACUUGUUGGGGCAGUUUUACUUGACAGAAAAAGCUGUGUGUGCGCGUCCUUUUUUCAUUGUUCUUGAAGUCUGAUCAUGCAAGAAUGUCUCCUAGAUCACUCCAAACAGAGCCACUGCUGAUUUGCUUCAACAAAAGUGCUUCUCUUUGGGGUUGUCUAGGAUGGUAAAAACCACCAAGAGGAUAUGAAAGUUCUCGACUGUUCAUCCACCAGCACUGUGGCAACAUUUGUUUUCAUAAUUUAAUCCAGGAUUAAAAGCCUUGCUGUGCUGAUCAGGGAAAAAUGAGGGGGUCUAGUCUUGCCUGUAACUGGUCAGUACUGUAACCCCAACACAAACACUGACUUGGGUUCCACAUGCAGUAAGUGCUUUUUGUUGGGGUAGUUUUACUGACAAAGAACUAUUGCAAAGACUCAGAUGAAUAAGGCAUCAACAAAAUCCAGAUGACUGGUUCACAGGGCAGUCAUGACAAGAUGUAGUCUUAUUUCAUCACCCCCUCCGCAUUAAAAGUAGACUUUGAAUGUUACAAUGUAAUGAUGUUGAAUCCGAUGAGGAGGACAUGUGAGGGGCAAGGUGAUAUUUUUUGAUGGGGUGUGAGGCCGCUUACCACUACUCAUUAAUGGGACAUUACCCAGGCUGAUGGGCCAUCCUGUUGAGUAUGGAUCUCUGAAUACAAGCAAUAGUCACAGCUAUGGAAACCAGGAAGUUAACGGGUGGAGUCAAGCCCAAAGGACUGCUUGAAGGAUAUAAAGUUGAGGAAAUGAUGAAAAGCAAUUAAAUGCCUUCCAAAGGGACGCUGCAUGGGGGUCCUGGAAGUAGCAUCUAAGACAUAUAUAACCAGGACAGAAAUUCACUGAUGGCCUGAAGAUUAACCCAACCUGAGCAUUUGACUUGGCUGCUGACCUUCAGUAAGUGCUACAUGUUGGGGCGGUUGUACAUGGCAAAUUCAACGAGCUGGACAGGAGGAGGUUGCAGCAAAUGCACAACAUGAUCACCUCAAAUAGAGACACUGAUGAUUUCUCUGUUCAUAAGUGCUUCUCUUUGGGGGUGUUUUGUUGGUGUCUUUUCACCAAAAAGCAGGUAUGAAACAGAAAAAUACUGGCAAAGACAUGUUUCAUUAUGGCUUACUGGUUUUGUCAUGAUUAUUUAUUAUUAUUUUUCAUUCCUUAUUAUUUGUCAUGAUUAUGUCACCAGCAUUACCCAAACACAUGCACUGACUAGAUAAGUGAAAGCAGUAAGUGCUACUUGUUGGGGUAGUGUUGCUGAAAACCAACUCUCAGCUGUCAAUACCAAAGCCCCCUGGGAGAUAUAUUCUUGUACAACAGAAUUUUAGCUCAGGAAAACACUGGUCCAGAACUGUUUCUGAGCUGAGGGUCAAUAUCACUACCCUGACUUGAGCAUUAACUUGCACCUUGAACUCAGUAAGUGCUACUUGUUGGGGCAGUUUUACUUGACAGAAAAAGCUGUGUGUGCGCGUCCUUUUUUCAUUGUUCUUGAAGUCUGAUCAUGCAAGAAUGUCUCCUAGAUCACUCCAAACAGAGCCACUGCUGAUUUGCUUCAACAAAAGUGCUUCUCUUUGGGGUUGUCUAGGAUGGUAAAAACCACCAAGAGGAUAUGAAAGUUCUCGACUGUUCAUCCACCAGCACUGUGGCAACAUUUGUUUUCAUAAUUUAAUCCAGGAUUAAAAGCCUUGCUGUGCUGAUCAGGGAAAAAUGAGGGGGGUCUAGUCUUGCCUGUAACUGGUCAGUACUGUAACCCCAACACAAACACUGACUUGGGUUCCACAUGCAGUAAGUGCUUUUUGUUGGGGUAGUUUUACUGACAAAGAACUAUUGCAAAGACUCAGAUGAAUAAGGCAUCAACAAAAUCCAGAUGACUGGUUCACAGGGCAGUCAUGACAAGAUGUACUCUUAUUUCAUCACCCCCUCCGCAUUAAAAGUAGACUUUGAAUGUUACAAUGUAAUGAUGUUGAAUCCGAUGAGGAGGACAUGUGAGGGGCAAGGUGAUAUUUUUUGAUGGGGUGUGAGGCCGCUUACCACUACUCAUUAAUGGGACAUUACCCAGGCUGAUGGGCCAUCCUGUUGAGUAUGGAUCUCUGAAUACAAGCAAUAGUCACAGCUAUGGAAACCAGGAAGUUAACGGGUGGAGUCAAGCCCAAAGGACUGCUUGAAGGAUAUAAAGUUGAGGAAAUGAUGAAAAGCAAUUAAAUGCCUUCCAAAGGGACGCUGCAUGGGGGUCCUGGAAGUAGCAUCUAAGACAUAUAUAACCAGGACAGAAAUUCACUGAUGGCCUGAAGAUUAACCCAACCUGAGCAUUUGACUUGGCUGCUGACCUUCAGUAAGUGCUACAUGUUGGGGCGGUUGUACAUGGCAAAUUCAACGAGCUGGACAGGAGGAGGUUGCAGCAAAUGCACAACAUGAUCACCUCAAAUAGAGACACUGAUGAUUUCUCUGUUCAUAAGUGCUUCUCUUUGGGGGUGUUUUGUUGGUGUCUUUUCACCAAAAAGCAGGUAUGAAACAGAAAAAUACUGGCAAAGACAUGUUUCAUUAUGGCUUACUGGUUUUGUCAUGAUUAUUUAUUAUUAUUUUUCAUUCCUUAUUAUUUGUCAUGAUUAUGUCACCAGCAUUACCCAAACACAUGCACUGACUAGAUAAGUGAAAGCAGUAAGUGCUACUUGUUGGGGUAGUGUUGCUGAAAACCAACUCUCAGCUGUCAAUACCAAAGCCCCCUGGGAGAUAUAUUCUUGUACAACAGAAUUUUAGCUCAGGAAAACACUGGUCCAGAACUGUUUCUGAGCUGAGGGUCAAUAUCACUACCCUGACUUGAGCAUUAACUUGCACCUUGAACUCAGUAAGUGCUACUUGUUGGGGCAGUUUUACUUGACAGAAAAAGCUGUGUGUGCGCGUCCUUUUUUCAUUGUUCUUGAAGUCUGAUCAUGCAAGAAUGUCUCCUAGAUCACUCCAAACAGAGCCACUGCUGAUUUGCUUCAACAAAAGUGCUUCUCUUUGGGGUUGUCUAGGAUGGUAAAAACCACCAAGAGGAUAUGAAAGUUCUCGACUGUUCAUCCACCAGCACUGUGGCAACAUUUGUUUUCAUAAUUUAAUCCAGGAUUAAAAGCCUUGCUGUGCUGAUCAGGGAAAAAUGAGGGGGGUCUAGUCUUGCCUGUAACUGGUCAGUACUGUAACCCCAACACAAACACUGACUUGGGUUCCACAUGCAGUAAGUGCUUUUUGUUGGGGUAGUUUUACUGACAAAGAACUAUUGCAAAGACUCAGAUGAAUAAGGCAUCAACAAAAUCCAGAUGACUGGUUCACAGGGCAGUCAUGACAAGAUGUACUCUUAUUUCAUCACCCCCUCCGCAUUAAAAGUAGACUUUGAAUGUUACAAUGUAAUGAUGUUGAAUCCGAUGAGGAGGACAUGUGAGGGGCAAGGUGAUAUUUUUUGAUGGGGUGUGAGGCCGCUUACCACUACUCAUUAAUGGGACAUUACCCAGGCUGAUGGGCCAUCCUGUUGAGUAUGGAUCUCUGAAUACAAGCAAUAGUCACAGCUAUGGAAACCAGGAAGUUAACGGGUGGAGUCAAGCCCAAAGGACUGCUUGAAGGAUAUAAAGUUGAGGAAAUGAUGAAAAGCAAUUAAAUGCCUUCCAAAGGGACGCUGCAUGGGGGUCCUGGAAGUAGCAUCUAAGACAUAUAUAACCAGGACAGAAAUUCACUGAUGGCCUGAAGAUUAACCCAACCUGAGCAUUUGACUUGGCUGCUGACCUUCAGUAAGUGCUACAUGUUGGGGCGGUUGUACAUGGCAAAUUCAACAAGCUGGACAGGAGGAGGUUGCAGCAAAUGCACAACAUGAUCACCUCAAAUAGAGACACUGAUGAUUUCUCUGUUCAUAAGUGCUUCUCUUUGGGGGUGUUUUGUUGGUGUCUUUUCACCAAAAAGCAGGUAUGAAACAGAAAAAUACUGGCAAAGACAUGUUUCAUUAUGGCUUACUGGUUUUGUCAUGAUUAUUUAUUAUUAUUUUUCAUUCCUUAUUAUUUGUCAUGAUUAUGUCACCAGCAUUACCCAAACACAUGCACUGACUAGAUAAGUGAAAGCAGUAAGUGCUACUUGUUGGGGUAGUGUUGCUGAAAACCAACUCUCAGCUGUCAAUACCAAAGCCCCCUGGGAGAUAUAUUCUUGUACAACAGAAUUUUAGCUCAGGAAAACACUGGUCCAGAACUGUUUCUGAGCUGAGGGUCAAUAUCACUACCCUGACUUGAGCAUUAACUUGCACCUUGAACUCAGUAAGUGCUACUUGUUGGGGCAGUUUUACUUGACAGAAAAAGCUGUGUGUGCGCGUCCUUUUUUCAUUGUUCUUGAAGUCUGAUCAUGCAAGAAUGUCUCCUAGAUCACUCCAAACAGAGCCACUGCUGAUUUGCUUCAACAAAAGUGCUUCUCUUUGGGGUUGUCUAGGAUGGUAAAAACCACCAAGAGGAUAUGAAAGUUCUCGACUGUUCAUCCACCAGCACUGUGGCAACAUUUGUUUUCAUAAUUUAAUCCAGGAUUAAAAGCCUUGCUGUGCUGAUCAGGGAAAAAUGAGGGGGGUCUAGUCUUGCCUGUAACUGGUCAGUACUGUAACCCCAACACAAACACUGACUUGGGUUCCACAUGCAGUAAGUGCUUUUUGUUGGGGUAGUUUUACUGACAAAGAACUAUUGCAAAGACUCAGAUGAAUAAGGCAUCAACAAAAUCCAGAUGACUGGUUCACAGGGCAGUCAUGACAAGAUGUACUCUUAUUUCAUCACCCCCUCCGCAUUAAAAGUAGACUUUGAAUGUUACAAUGUAAUGAUGUUGAAUCCGAUGAGGAGGACAUGUGAGGGGCAAGGUGAUAUUUUUUGAUGGGGUGUGAGGCCGCUUACCACUACUCAUUAAUGGGACAUUACCCAGGCUGAUGGGCCAUCCUGUUGAGUAUGGAUCUCUGAAUACAAGCAAUAGUCACAGCUAUGGAAACCAGGAAGUUACCGGGCGGAGUCAAGCCCAAAGGACUGCUUGAAGGAUAUAAAGUUGAGGAAAUGAUGAAAAGCAAUUAAAUGCCUUCCAAAGGGACGCUGCAUGGGGGUCCUGGAAGUAGCAUCUAAGACAUAUAUAACCAGGACAGAAAUUCACUGAUGGCCUGAAGAUUAACCCAACCUGAGCAUUUGACUUGGCUGCUGACCUUCAGUAAGUGCUACAUGUUGGGGCGGUUGUACAUGGCAAAUUCAACAAGCUGGACAGGAGGAGGUUGCAGCAAAUGCACAACAUGAUCACCUCAAAUAGAGACACUGAUGAUUUCUCUGUUCAUAAGUGCUUCUCUUUGGGGGUGUUUUGUUGGUGUCUUUUCACCAAAAAGCAGGUAUGAAACAGAAAAAUACUGGCAAAGACAUGUUUCAUUAUGGCUUACUGGUUUUGUCAUGAUUAUUUAUUAUUAUUUUUCAUUCCUUAUUAUUUGUCAUGAUUAUGUCACCAGCAUUACCCAAACACAUGCACUGACUAGAUAAGUGAAAGCAGUAAGUGCUACUUGUUGGGGUAGUGUUGCUGAAAACCAACUCUCAGCUGUCAAUACCAAAGCCCCCUGGGAGAUAUAUUCUUGUACAACAGAAUUUUAGCUCAGGAAAACACUGGUCCAGAACUGUUUCUGAGCUGAGGGUCAAUAUCACUACCCUGACUUGAGCAUUAACUUGCACCUUGAACUCAGUAAGUGCUACUUGUUGGGGCAGUUUUACUUGACAGAAAAAGCUGUGUGUGCGCGUCCUUUUUUCAUUGUUCUUGAAGUCUGAUCAUGCAAGAAUGUCUCCUAGAUCACUCCAAACAGAGCCACUGCUGAUUUCUUCAACAAAAGUGCUUCUCUUUGGGGUUGUCUAGGAUGGUAAAAACCACCAAGAGGAUAUGAAAGUUCUCGACUGUUCAUCCACCAGCACUGUGGCAACAUUUGUUUUCAUAAUUUAAUCCAGGAUUAAAAGCCUUGCUGUGCUGAUCAGGAAAAAUGAGGGGGGUCUAGUCUUGCCUGUAACUGGUCAGUACUGUAACCCCAACACAAACACUGACUUGGGUUCCACAUGCAGUAAGUGCUUUUUGUUGGGGUAGUUUUACUGACAAAGAACUAUUGCAAAGACUCAGAUGAAUAAGGCAUCAACAAAAUCCAGAUGACUGGUUCACAGGGCAGUCAUGACAAGAUGUACUCUUAUUUCAUCACCCCCUCCGCAUUAAAAGUAGACUUUGAAUGUUACAAUGUAAUGAUGUUGAAUCCGAUGAGGAGGACAUGUGAGGGGCAAGGUGAUAUUUUUUGAUGGGGUGUGAGGCCGCUUACCACUACUCAUUAAUGGGACAUUACCCAGGCUGAUGGGCCAUCCUGUUGAGUAUGGAUCUCUGAAUACAAGCAAUAGUCACAGCUAUGGAAACCAGGAAGUUAACGGGCGGAGUCAAGCCCAAAGGACUGCUUGAAGGAUAUAAAGUUGAGGAAAUGAUGAAAAGCAAUUAAAUGCCUUCCAAAGGGACGCUGCAUGGGGGUCCUGGAAGUAGCAUCUAAGACAUAUAUAACCAGGACAGAAAUUCACUGAUGGCCUGAAGAUUAACCCAACCUGAGCAUUUGACUUGGCUGCUGACCUUCAGUAAGUGCUACAUGUUGGGGCGGUUGUACAUGGCAAAUUCAACAAGCUGGACAGGAGGAGGUUGCAGCAAAUGCACAACAUGAUCACCUCAAAUAGAGACACUGAUGAUUUCUCUGUUCAUAAGUGCUUCUCUUUGGGGGUGUUUUGUUGGUGUCUUUUCACCAAAAAGCAGGUAUGAAACAGAAAAAUACUGGCAAAGACAUGUUUCAUUAUGGCUUACUGGUUUUGUCAUGAUUAUUUAUUAUUAUUUUUCAUUCCUUAUUAUUUGUCAUGAUUAUGUCACCAGCAUUACCCAAACACAUGCACUGACUAGAUAAGUGAAAGCAGUAAGUGCUACUUGUUGGGGUAGUGUUGCUGAAAACCAACUCUCAGCUGUCAAUACCAAAGCCCCCUGGGAGAUAUAUUCUUGUACAACAGAAUUUUAGCUCAGGAAAACACUGGUCCAGAACUGUUUCUGAGCUGAGGGUCAAUAUCACUACCCUGACUUGAGCAUUAACUUGCACCUUGAACUCAGUAAGUGCUACUUGUUGGGGCAGUUUUACUUGACAGAAAAAGCUGUGUGUGCGCGUCCUUUUUUCAUUGUUCUUGAAGUCUGAUCAUGCAAGAAUGUCUCCUAGAUCACUCCAAACAGAGCCACUGCUGAUUUGCUUCAACAAAAGUGCUUCUCUUUGGGGUUGUCUAGGAUGGUAAAAACCACCAAGAGGAUAUGAAAGUUCUCGACUGUUCAUCCACCAGCACUGUGGCAACAUUUGUUUUCAUAAUUUAAUCCAGGAUUAAAAGCCUUGCUGUGCUGAUCAGGGAAAAAUGAGGGGGUCUAGUCUUGCCUGUAACUGGUCAGUACUGUAACCCCAACACAAACACUGACUUGGGUUCCACAUGCAGUAAGUGCUUUUUGUUGGGGUAGUUUUACUGACAAAGAACUAUUGCAAAGACUCAGAUGAAUAAGGCAUCAACAAAAUCCAGAUGACUGGUUCACAGGGCAGUCAUGACAAGAUGUAGUCUUAUUUCAUCACCCCCUCCGCAUUAAAAGUAGACUUUGAAUGUUACAAUGUAAUGAUGUUGAAUCCGAUGAGGAGGACAUGUGAGGGGCAAGGUGAUAUUUUUUGAUGGGGUGUGAGGCCGCUUACCACUACUCAUUAAUGGGACAUUACCCAGGCUGAUGGGCCAUCCUGUUGAGUAUGGAUCUCUGAAUACAAGCAAUAGUCACAGCUAUGGAAACCAGGAAGUUACCGGGCGGAGUCAAGCCCAAAGGACUGCUUGAAGGAUAUAAAGUUGAGGAAAUGAUGAAAAGCAAUUAAAUGCCUUCCAAAGGGACGCUGCAUGGGGGUCCUGGAAGUAGCAUCUAAGACAUAUAUAACCAGGACAGAAAUUCACUGAUGGCCUGAAGAUUAACCCAACCUGAGCAUUUGACUUGGCUGCUGACCUUCAGUAAGUGCUACAUGUUGGGGCGGUUGUACAUGGCAAAUUCAACGAGCUGGACAGGAGGAGGUUGCAGCAAAUGCACAACAUGAUCACCUCAAAUAGAGACACUGAUGAUUUCUCUGUUCAUAAGUGCUUCUCUUUGGGGGUGUUUUGUUGGUGUCUUUUCACCAAAAAGCAGGUAUGAAACAGAAAAAUACUGGCAAAGACAUGUUUCAUUAUGGCUUACUGGUUUUGUCAUGAUUAUUUAUUAUUAUUUUUCAUUCCUUAUUAUUUGUCAUGAUUAUGUCACCAGCAUUACCCAAACACAUGCACUGACUAGAUAAGUGAAAGCAGUAAGUGCUACUUGUUGGGGUAGUGUUGCUGAAAACCAACUCUCAGCUGUCAAUACCAAAGCCCCCUGGGAGAUAUAUUCUUGUACAACAGAAUUUUAGCUCAGGAAAACACUGGUCCAGAACUGUUUCUGAGCUGAGGGUCAAUAUCACUACCCUGACUUGAGCAUUAACUUGCACCUUGAACUCAGUAAGUGCUACUUGUUGGGGCAGUUUUACUUGACAGAAAAAGCUGUGUGUGCGCGUCCUUUUUUCAUUGUUCUUGAAGUCUGAUCAUGCAAGAAUGUCUCCUAGAUCACUCCAAACAGAGCCACUGCUGAUUUGCUUCAACAAAAGUGCUUCUCUUUGGGGUUGUCUAGGAUGGUAAAAACCACCAAGAGGAUAUGAAAGUUCUCGACUGUUCAUCCACCAGCACUGUGGCAACAUUUGUUUUCAUAAUUUAAUCCAGGAUUAAAAGCCUUGCUGUGCUGAUCAGGGAAAAAUGAGGGGGGUCUAGUCUUGCCUGUAACUGGUCAGUACUGUAACCCCAACACAAACACUGACUUGGGUUCCACAUGCAGUAAGUGCUUUUUGUUGGGGUAGUUUUACUGACAAAGAACUAUUGCAAAGACUCAGAUGAAUAAGGCAUCAACAAAAUCCAGAUGACUGGUUCACAGGGCAGUCAUGACAAGAUGUACUCUUAUUUCAUCACCCCCUCCGCAUUAAAAGUAGACUUUGAAUGUUACAAUGUAAUGAUGUUGAAUCCGAUGAGGAGGACAUGUGAGGGGCAAGGUGAUAUUUUUUGAUGGGGUGUGAGGCCGCUUACCACUACUCAUUAAUGGGACAUUACCCAGGCUGAUGGGCCAUCCUGUUGAGUAUGGAUCUCUGAAUACAAGCAAUAGUCACAGCUAUGGAAACCAGGAAGUUAACGGGUGGAGUCAAGCCCAAAGGACUGCUUGAAGGAUAUAAAGUUGAGGAAAUGAUGAAAAGCAAUUAAAUGCCUUCCAAAGGGACGCUGCAUGGGGGUCCUGGAAGUAGCAUCUAAGACAUAUAUAACCAGGACAGAAAUUCACUGAUGGCCUGAAGAUUAACCCAACCUGAGCAUUUGACUUGGCUGCUGACCUUCAGUAAGUGCUACAUGUUGGGGCGGUUGUACAUGGCAAAUUCAACAAGCUGGACAGGAGGAGGUUGCAGCAAAUGCACAACAUGAUCACCUCAAAUAGAGACACUGAUGAUUUCUCUGUUCAUAAGUGCUUCUCUUUGGGGGUGUUUUGUUGGUGUCUUUUCACCAAAAAGCAGGUAUGAAACAGAAAAAUACUGGCAAAGACAUGUUUCAUUAUGGCUUACUGGUUUUGUCAUGAUUAUUUAUUAUUAUUUUUCAUUCCUUAUUAUUUGUCAUGAUUAUGUCACCAGCAUUACCCAAACACAUGCACUGACUAGAUAAGUGAAAGCAGUAAGUGCUACUUGUUGGGGUAGUGUUGCUGAAAACCAACUCUCAGCUGUCAAUACCAAAGCCCCCUGGGAGAUAUAUUCUUGUACAACAGAAUUUUAGCUCAGGAAAACACUGGUCCAGAACUGUUUCUGAGCUGAGGGUCAAUAUCACUACCCUGACUUGAGCAUUAACUUGCACCUUGAACUCAGUAAGUGCUACUUGUUGGGGCAGUUUUACUUGACAGAAAAAGCUGUGUGUGCGCGUCCUUUUUUCAUUGUUCUUGAAGUCUGAUCAUGCAAGAAUGUCUCCUAGAUCACUCCAAACAGAGCCACUGCUGAUUUGCUUCAACAAAAGUGCUUCUCUUUGGGGUUGUCUAGGAUGGUAAAAACCACCAAGAGGAUAUGAAAGUUCUCGACUGUUCAUCCACCAGCACUGUGGCAACAUUUGUUUUCAUAAUUUAAUCCAGGAUUAAAAGCCUUGCUGUGCUGAUCAGGGAAAAAUGAGGGGGGUCUAGUCUUGCCUGUAACUGGUCAGUACUGUAACCCCAACACAAACACUGACUUGGGUUCCACAUGCAGUAAGUGCUUUUUGUUGGGGUAGUUUUACUGACAAAGAACUAUUGCAAAGACUCAGAUGAAUAAGGCAUCAACAAAAUCCAGAUGACUGGUUCACAGGGCAGUCAUGACAAGAUGUAGUCUUAUUUCAUCACCCCCUCCGCAUUAAAAGUAGACUUUGAAUGUUACAAUGUAAUGAUGUUGAAUCCGAUGAGGAGGACAUGUGAGGGGCAAGGUGAUAUUUUUUGAUGGGGUGUGAGGCCGCUUACCACUACUCAUUAAUGGGACAUUACCCAGGCUGAUGGGCCAUCCUGUUGAGUAUGGAUCUCUGAAUACAAGCAAUAGUCACAGCUAUGGAAACCAGGAAGUUACCGGGCGGAGUCAAGCCCAAAGGACUGCUUGAAGGAUAUAAAGUUGAGGAAAUGAUGAAAAGCAAUUAAAUGCCUUCCAAAGGGACGCUGCAUGGGGGUCCUGGAAGUAGCAUCUAAGACAUAUAUAACCAGGACAGAAAUUCACUGAUGGCCUGAAGAUUAACCCAACCUGAGCAUUUGACUUGGCUGCUGACCUUCAGUAAGUGCUACAUGUUGGGGCGGUUGUACAUGGCAAAUUCAACGAGCUGGACAGGAGGAGGUUGCAGCAAAUGCACAACAUGAUCACCUCAAAUAGAGACACUGAUGAUUUCUCUGUUCAUAAGUGCUUCUCUUUGGGGGUGUUUUGUUGGUGUCUUUUCACCAAAAAGCAGGUAUGAAACAGAAAAAUACUGGCAAAGACAUGUUUCAUUAUGGCUUACUGGUUUUGUCAUGAUUAUUUAUUAUUAUUUUUCAUUCCUUAUUAUUUGUCAUGAUUAUGUCACCAGCAUUACCCAAACACAUGCACUGACUAGAUAAGUGAAAGCAGUAAGUGCUACUUGUUGGGGUAGUGUUGCUGAAAACCAACUCUCAGCUGUCAAUACCAAAGCCCCCUGGGAGAUAUAUUCUUGUACAACAGAAUUUUAGCUCAGGAAAACACUGGUCCAGAACUGUUUCUGAGCUGAGGGUCAAUAUCACUACCCUGACUUGAGCAUUAACUUGCACCUUGAACUCAGUAAGUGCUACUUGUUGGGGCAGUUUUACUUGACAGAAAAAGCUGUGUGUGCGCGUCCUUUUUUCAUUGUUCUUGAAGUCUGAUCAUGCAAGAAUGUCUCCUAGAUCACUCCAAACAGAGCCACUGCUGAUUUGCUUCAACAAAAGUGCUUCUCUUUGGGGUUGUCUAGGAUGGUAAAAACCACCAAGAGGAUAUGAAAGUUCUCGACUGUUCAUCCACCAGCACUGUGGCAACAUUUGUUUUCAUAAUUUAAUCCAGGAUUAAAAGCCUUGCUGUGCUGAUCAGGGAAAAAUGAGGGGGUCUAGUCUUGCCUGUAACUGGUCAGUACUGUAACCCCAACACAAACACUGACUUGGGUUCCACAUGCAGUAAGUGCUUUUUGUUGGGGUAGUUUUACUGACAAAGAACUAUUGCAAAGACUCAGAUGAAUAAGGCAUCAACAAAAUCCAGAUGACUGGUUCACAGGGCAGUCAUGACAAGAUGUAGUCUUAUUUCAUCACCCCCUCCGCAUUAAAAGUAGACUUUGAAUGUUACAAUGUAAUGAUGUUGAAUCCGAUGAGGAGGACAUGUGAGGGGCAAGGUGAUAUUUUUUGAUGGGGUGUGAGGCCGCUUACCACUACUCAUUAAUGGGACAUUACCCAGGCUGAUGGGCCAUCCUGUUGAGUAUGGAUCUCUGAAUACAAGCAAUAGUCACAGCUAUGGAAACCAGGAAGUUAACCGGGCGGAGUCAAGCCCAAAGGACUGCUUGAAGGAUAUAAAGUUGAGGAAAUGAUGAAAAGCAAUUAAAUGCCUUCCAAAGGGACGCUGCAUGGGGGUCCUGGAAGUAGCAUCUAAGACAUAUAUAACCAGGACAGAAAUUCACUGAUGGCCUGAAGAUUAACCCAACCUGAGCAUUUGACUUGGCUGCUGACCUUCAGUAAGUGCUACAUGUUGGGGCGGUUGUACAUGGCAAAUUCAACGAGCUGGACAGGAGGAGGUUGCAGCAAAUGCACAACAUGAUCACCUCAAAUAGAGACACUGAUGAUUUCUCUGUUCAUAAGUGCUUCUCUUUGGGGGUGUUUUGUUGGUGUCUUUUCACCAAAAAGCAGGUAUGAAACAGAAAAAUACUGGCAAAGACAUGUUUCAUUAUGGCUUACUGGUUUUGUCAUGAUUAUUUAUUAUUAUUUUUCAUUCCUUAUUAUUUGUCAUGAUUAUGUCACCAGCAUUACCCAAACACAUGCACUGACUAGAUAAGUGAAAGCAGUAAGUGCUACUUGUUGGGGUAGUGUUGCUGAAAACCAACUCUCAGCUGUCAAUACCAAAGCCCCCUGGGAGAUAUAUUCUUGUACAACAGAAUUUUAGCUCAGGAAAACACUGGUCCAGAACUGUUUCUGAGCUGAGGGUCAAUAUCACUACCCUGACUUGAGCAUUAACUUGCACCUUGAACUCAGUAAGUGCUACUUGUUGGGGCAGUUUUACUUGACAGAAAAAGCUGUGUGUGCGCGUCCUUUUUUCAUUGUUCUUGAAGUCUGAUCAUGCAAGAAUGUCUCCUAGAUCACUCCAAACAGAGCCACUGCUGAUUUGCUUCAACAAAAGUGCUUCUCUUUGGGGUUGUCUAGGAUGGUAAAAACCACCAAGAGGAUAUGAAAGUUCUCGACUGUUCAUCCACCAGCACUGUGGCAACAUUUGUUUUCAUAAUUUAAUCCAGGAUUAAAAGCCUUGCUGUGCUGAUCAGGGAAAAAUGAGGGGGUCUAGUCUUGCCUGUAACUGGUCAGUACUGUAACCCCAACACAAACACUGACUUGGGUUCCACAUGCAGUAAGUGCUUUUUGUUGGGGUAGUUUUACUGACAAAGAACUAUUGCAAAGACUCAGAUGAAUAAGGCAUCAACAAAAUCCAGAUGACUGGUUCACAGGGCAGUCAUGACAAGAUGUACUCUUAUUUCAUCACCCCCUCCGCAUUAAAAGUAGACUUUGAAUGUUACAAUGUAAUGAUGUUGAAUCCGAUGAGGAGGACAUGUGAGGGGCAAGGUGAUAUUUUUUGAUGGGGUGUGAGGCCGCUUACCACUACUCAUUAAUGGGACAUUACCCAGGCUGAUGGGCCAUCCUGUUGAGUAUGGAUCUCUGAAUACAAGCAAUAGUCACAGCUAUGGAAACCAGGAAGUUAACGGGUGGAGUCAAGCCCAAAGGACUGCUUGAAGGAUAUAAAGUUGAGGAAAUGAUGAAAAGCAAUUAAAUGCCUUCCAAAGGGACGCUGCAUGGGGGUCCUGGAAGUAGCAUCUAAGACAUAUAUAACCAGGACAGAAAUUCACUGAUGGCCUGAAGAUUAACCCAACCUGAGCAUUUGACUUGGCUGCUGACCUUCAGUAAGUGCUACAUGUUGGGGCGGUUGUACAUGGCAAAUUCAACAAGCUGGACAGGAGGAGGUUGCAGCAAAUGCACAACAUGAUCACCUCAAAUAGAGACACUGAUGAUUUCUCUGUUCAUAAGUGCUUCUCUUUGGGGGUGUUUUGUUGGUGUCUUUUCACCAAAAAGCAGGUAUGAAACAGAAAAAUACUGGCAAAGACAUGUUUCAUUAUGGCUUACUGGUUUUGUCAUGAUUAUUUAUUAUUAUUUUUCAUUCCUUAUUAUUUGUCAUGAUUAUGUCACCAGCAUUACCCAAACACAUGCACUGACUAGAUAAGUGAAAGCAGUAAGUGCUACUUGUUGGGGUAGUGUUGCUGAAAACCAACUCUCAGCUGUCAAUACCAAAGCCCCCUGGGAGAUAUAUUCUUGUACAACAGAAUUUUAGCUCAGGAAAACACUGGUCCAGAACUGUUUCUGAGCUGAGGGUCAAUAUCACUACCCUGACUUGAGCAUUAACUUGCACCUUGAACUCAGUAAGUGCUACUUGUUGGGGCAGUUUUACUUGACAGAAAAAGCUGUGUGUGCGCGUCCUUUUUUCAUUGUUCUUGAAGUCUGAUCAUGCAAGAAUGUCUCCUAGAUCACUCCAAACAGAGCCACUGCUGAUUUGCUUCAACAAAAGUGCUUCUCUUUGGGGUUGUCUAGGAUGGUAAAAACCACCAAGAGGAUAUGAAAGUUCUCGACUGUUCAUCCACCAGCACUGUGGCAACAUUUGUUUUCAUAAUUUAAUCCAGGAUUAAAAGCCUUGCUGUGCUGAUCAGGGAAAAAUGAGGGGGGUCUAGUCUUGCCUGUAACUGGUCAGUACUGUAACCCCAACACAAACACUGACUUGGGUUCCACAUGCAGUAAGUGCUUUUUGUUGGGGUAGUUUUACUGACAAAGAACUAUUGCAAAGACUCAGAUGAAUAAGGCAUCAACAAAAUCCAGAUGACUGGUUCACAGGGCAGUCAUGACAAGAUGUACUCUUAUUUCAUCACCCCCUCCGCAUUAAAAGUAGACUUUGAAUGUUACAAUGUAAUGAUGUUGAAUCCGAUGAGGAGGACAUGUGAGGGGCAAGGUGAUAUUUUUUGAUGGGGUGUGAGGCCGCUUACCACUACUCAUUAAUGGGACAUUACCCAGGCUGAUGGGCCAUCCUGUUGAGUAUGGAUCUCUGAAUACAAGCAAUAGUCACAGCUAUGGAAACCAGGAAGUUAACGGGUGGAGUCAAGCCCAAAGGACUGCUUGAAGGAUAUAAAGUUGAGGAAAUGAUGAAAAGCAAUUAAAUGCCUUCCAAAGGGACGCUGCAUGGGGGUCCUGGAAGUAGCAUCUAAGACAUAUAUAACCAGGACAGAAAUUCACUGAUGGCCUGAAGAUUAACCCAACCUGAGCAUUUGACUUGGCUGCUGACCUUCAGUAAGUGCUACAUGUUGGGGCGGUUGUACAUGGCAAAUUCAACAAGCUGGACAGGAGGAGGUUGCAGCAAAUGCACAACAUGAUCACCUCAAAUAGAGACACUGAUGAUUUCUCUGUUCAUAAGUGCUUCUCUUUGGGGGUGUUUUGUUGGUGUCUUUUCACCAAAAAGCAGGUAUGAAACAGAAAAAUACUGGCAAAGACAUGUUUCAUUAUGGCUUACUGGUUUUGUCAUGAUUAUUUAUUAUUAUUUUUCAUUCCUUAUUAUUUGUCAUGAUUAUGUCACCAGCAUUACCCAAACACAUGCACUGACUAGAUAAGUGAAAGCAGUAAGUGCUACUUGUUGGGGUAGUGUUGCUGAAAACCAACUCUCAGCUGUCAAUACCAAAGCCCCCUGGGAGAUAUAUUCUUGUACAACAGAAUUUUAGCUCAGGAAAACACUGGUCCAGAACUGUUUCUGAGCUGAGGGUCAAUAUCACUACCCUGACUUGAGCAUUAACUUGCACCUUGAACUCAGUAAGUGCUACUUGUUGGGGCAGUUUUACUUGACAGAAAAAGCUGUGUGUGCGCGUCCUUUUUUCAUUGUUCUUGAAGUCUGAUCAUGCAAGAAUGUCUCCUAGAUCACUCCAAACAGAGCCACUGCUGAUUUGCUUCAACAAAAGUGCUUCUCUUUGGGGUUGUCUAGGAUGGUAAAAACCACCAAGAGGAUAUGAAAGUUCUCGACUGUUCAUCCACCAGCACUGUGGCAACAUUUGUUUUCAUAAUUUAAUCCAGGAUUAAAAGCCUUGCUGUGCUGAUCAGGGAAAAAUGAGGGGGGUCUAGUCUUGCCUGUAACUGGUCAGUACUGUAACCCCAACACAAACACUGACUUGGGUUCCACAUGCAGUAAGUGCUUUUUGUUGGGGUAGUUUUACUGACAAAGAACUAUUGCAAAGACUCAGAUGAAUAAGGCAUCAACAAAAUCCAGAUGACUGGUUCACAGGGCAGUCAUGACAAGAUGUAGUCUUAUUUCAUCACCCCCUCCGCAUUAAAAGUAGACUUUGAAUGUUACAAUGUAAUGAUGUUGAAUCCGAUGAGGAGGACAUGUGAGGGGCAAGGUGAUAUUUUUUGAUGGGGUGUGAGGCCGCUUACCACUACUCAUUAAUGGGACAUUACCCAGGCUGAUGGGCCAUCCUGUUGAGUAUGGAUCUCUGAAUACAAGCAAUAGUCACAGCUAUGGAAACCAGGAAGUUAACGGGCGGAGUCAAGCCCAAAGGACUGCUUGAAGGAUAUAAAGUUGAGGAAAUGAUGAAAAGCAAUUAAAUGCCUUCCAAAGGGACGCUGCAUGGGGGUCCUGGAAGUAGCAUCUAAGACAUAUAUAACCAGGACAGAAAUUCACUGAUGGCCUGAAGAUUAACCCAACCUGAGCAUUUGACUUGGCUGCUGACCUUCAGUAAGUGCUACAUGUUGGGGCGGUUGUACAUGGCAAAUUCAACAAGCUGGACAGGAGGAGGUUGCAGCAAAUGCACAACAUGAUCACCUCAAAUAGAGACACUGAUGAUUUCUCUGUUCAUAAGUGCUUCUCUUUGGGGGUGUUUUGUUGGUGUCUUUUCACCAAAAAGCAGGUAUGAAACAGAAAAAUACUGGCAAAGACAUGUUUCAUUAUGGCUUACUGGUUUUGUCAUGAUUAUUUAUUAUUAUUUUUCAUUCCUUAUUAUUUGUCAUGAUUAUGUCACCAGCAUUACCCAAACACAUGCACUGACUAGAUAAGUGAAAGCAGUAAGUGCUACUUGUUGGGGUAGUGUUGCUGAAAACCAACUCUCAGCUGUCAAUACCAAAGCCCCCUGGGAGAUAUAUUCUUGUACAACAGAAUUUUAGCUCAGGAAAACACUGGUCCAGAACUGUUUCUGAGCUGAGGGUCAAUAUCACUACCCUGACUUGAGCAUUAACUUGCACCUUGAACUCAGUAAGUGCUACUUGUUGGGGCAGUUUUACUUGACAGAAAAAGCUGUGUGUGCGCGUCCUUUUUUCAUUGUUCUUGAAGUCUGAUCAUGCAAGAAUGUCUCCUAGAUCACUCCAAACAGAGCCACUGCUGAUUUGCUUCAACAAAAGUGCUUCUCUUUGGGGUUGUCUAGGAUGGUAAAAACCACCAAGAGGAUAUGAAAGUUCUCGACUGUUCAUCCACCAGCACUGUGGCAACAUUUGUUUUCAUAAUUUAAUCCAGGAUUAAAAGCCUUGCUGUGCUGAUCAGGGAAAAAUGAGGGGGGUCUAGUCUUGCCUGUAACUGGUCAGUACUGUAACCCCAACACAAACACUGACUUGGGUUCCACAUGCAGUAAGUGCUUUUUGUUGGGGUAGUUUUACUGAUAAAGAACUAUUGCAAAGACUCAGAUGAAUAAGGCAUCAACAAAAUCCAGAUGACUGGUUCACAGGGCAGUCAUGACAAGAUGUAGUCUUAUUUCAUCACCCCCCUCCGCAUUAAAAGUAGACUUUGAAUGUUACAAUGUAUUGAUGUUGAAUCCGAUGAGGAGGACAUGUGAGGGGCAAGGUGAUAUUUUUUAAUGGGGUGUGAGGCCGCUUACCACUACUCAUUAAUGGGACAUUACCCAGGCUGAUGGGCCAUCCUGUUGAGUAUGGAUCUCUGAAUACAAGCAAUAGUCACAGCUAUGGAAACCAGGAAGUUAACGGGCGGAGUCAAGCCCAAAGGACUGCUUGAAGGAUAUAAAGUUGAGGAAAUGAUGAAAAGCAAUUAAAUGCCUUCCAAAGGGACGCUGCAUGGGGGUCCUGGAAGUAGCAUCUAAGACAUAUAUAACCAGGACAGAAAUUCACUGAUGGCCUGAAGAUUAACCCAACCUGAGCAUUUGACUUGGCUGCUGACCUUCAGUAAGUGCUACAUGUUGGGGCGGUUGUACAUGGCAAAUUCAACAAGCUGGACAGGAGGAGGUUGCAGCAAAUGCACAACAUGAUCACCUCAAAUAGAGACACUGAUGAUUUCUCUGUUCAUAAGUGCUUCUCUUUGGGGGUGUUUUGUUGGUGUCUUUUCACCAAAAAGCAGGUAUGAAACAGAAAAAUACUGGCAAAGACAUGUUUCAUUAUGGCUUACUGGUUUUGUCAUGAUUAUUUAUUAUUAUUUUUCAUUCCUUAUUAUUUGUCAUGAUUAUGUCACCAGCAUUACCCAAACACAUGCACUGACUAGAUAAGUGAAAGCAGUAAGUGCUACUUGUUGGGGUAGUGUUGCUGAAAACCAACUCUCAGCUGUCAAUACCAAAGCCCCCUGGGAGAUAUAUUCUUGUACAACAGAAUUUUAGCUCAGGAAAACACUGGUCCAGAACUGUUUCUGAGCUGAGGGUCAAUAUCACUACCCUGACUUGAGCAUUAACUUGCACCUUGAACUCAGUAAGUGCUACUUGUUGGGGCAGUUUUACUUGACAGAAAAAGCUGUGUGUGCGCGUCCUUUUUUCAUUGUUCUUGAAGUCUGAUCAUGCAAGAAUGUCUCCUAGAUCACUCCAAACAGAGCCACUGCUGAUUUGCUUCAACAAAAGUGCUUCUCUUUGGGGUUGUCUAGGAUGGUAAAAACCACCAAGAGGAUAUGAAAGUUCUCGACUGUUCAUCCACCAGCACUGUGGCAACAUUUGUUUUCAUAAUUUAAUCCAGGAUUAAAAGCCUUGCUGUGCUGAUCAGGGAAAAAUGAGGGGGGUCUAGUCUUGCCUGUAACUGGUCAGUACUGUAACCCCAACACAAACACUGACUUGGGUUCCACAUGCAGUAAGUGCUUUUUGUUGGGGUAGUUUUACUGACAAAGAACUAUUGCAAAGACUCAGAUGAAUAAGGCAUCAACAAAAUCCAGAUGACUGGUUCACAGGGCAGUCAUGACAAGAUGUAGUCUUAUUUCAUCACCCCCUCCGCAUUAAAAGUAGACUUUGAAUGUUACAAUGUAUUGAUGUUGAAUCCGAUGAGGAGGACAUGUGAGGGGCAAGGUGAUAUUUUUUGAUGGGGUGUGAGGCCGCUUACCACUACUCAUUAAUGGGACAUUACCCAGGCUGAUGGGCCAUCCUGUUGAGUAUGGAUCUCUGAAUACAAGCAAUAGUCACAGCUAUGGAAACCAGGAAGUUACCGGGCGGAGUCAAGCCCAAAGGACUGCUUGAAGGAUAUAAAGUUGAGGAAAUGAUGAAAAGCAAUUAAAUGCCUUCCAAAGGGACGCUGCAUGGGGGUCCUGGAAGUAGCAUCUAAGACAUAUAUAACCAGGACAGAAAUUCACUGAUGGCCUGAAGAUUAACCCAACCUGAGCAUUUGACUUGGCUGCUGACCUUCAGUAAGUGCUACAUGUUGGGGCGGUUGUACAUGGCAAAUUCAACGAGCUGGACAGGAGGAGGUUGCAGCAAAUGCACAACAUGAUCACCUCAAAUAGAGACACUGAUGAUUUCUCUGUUCAUAAGUGCUUCUCUUUGGGGGUGUUUUGUUGGUGUCUUUUCACCAAAAAGCAGGUAUGAAACAGAAAAAUACUGGCAAAGACAUGUUUCAUUAUGGCUUACUGGUUUUGUCAUGAUUAUUUAUUAUUAUUUUUCAUUCCUUAUUAUUUGUCAUGAUUAUGUCACCAGCAUUACCCAAACACAUGCACUGACUAGAUAAGUGAAAGCAGUAAGUGCUACUUGUUGGGGUAGUGUUGCUGAAAACCAACUCUCAGCUGUCAAUACCAAAGCCCCCUGGGAGAUAUAUUCUUGUACAACAGAAUUUUAGCUCAGGAAAACACUGGUCCAGAACUGUUUCUGAGCUGAGGGUCAAUAUCACUACCCUGACUUGAGCAUUAACUUGCACCUUGAACUCAGUAAGUGCUACUUGUUGGGGCAGUUUUACUUGACAGAAAAAGCUGUGUGUGCGCGUCCUUUUUUCAUUGUUCUUGAAGUCUGAUCAUGCAAGAAUGUCUCCUAGAUCACUCCAAACAGAGCCACUGCUGAUUUGCUUCAACAAAAGUGCUUCUCUUUGGGGUUGUCUAGGAUGGUAAAAACCACCAAGAGGAUAUGAAAGUUCUCGACUGUUCAUCCACCAGCACUGUGGCAACAUUUGUUUUCAUAAUUUAAUCCAGGAUUAAAAGCCUUGCUGUGCUGAUCAGGGAAAAAUGAGGGGGGUCUAGUCUUGCCUGUAACUGGUCAGUACUGUAACCCCAACACAAACACUGACUUGGGUUCCACAUGCAGUAAGUGCUUUUUGUUGGGGUAGUUUUACUGACAAAGAACUAUUGCAAAGACUCAGAUGAAUAAGGCAUCAACAAAAUCCAGAUGACUGGUUCACAGGGCAGUCAUGACAAGAUGUAGUCUUAUUUCAUCACCCCCUCCGCAUUAAAAGUAGACUUUGAAUGUUACAAUGUAAUGAUGUUGAAUCCGAUGAGGAGGACAUGUGAGGGGCAAGGUGAUAUUUUUUGAUGGGGUGUGAGGCCGCUUACCACCACUACUCAUUAAUGGGACAUUACCCAGGCUGAUGGGCCAUCCUGUUGAGUAUGGAUCUCUGAAUACAAGCAAUAGUCACAGCUAUGGAAACCAGGAAGUUAACGGGUGGAGUCAAGCCCAAAGGACUGCUUGAAGGAUAUAAAGUUGAGGAAAUGAUGAAAAGCAAUUAAAUGCCUUCCAAAGGGACGCUGCAUGGGGGUCCUGGAAGUAGCAUCUAAGACAUAUAUAACCAGGACAGAAAUUCACUGAUGGCCUGAAGAUUAACCCAACCUGAGCAUUUGACUUGGCUGCUGACCUUCAGUAAGUGCUACAUGUUGGGGCGGUUGUACAUGGCAAAUUCAACAAGCUGGACAGGAGGAGGUUGCAGCAAAUGCACAACAUGAUCACCUCAAAUAGAGACACUGAUGAUUUCUCUGUUCAUAAGUGCUUCUCUUUGGGGGUGUUUUGUUGGUGUCUUUUCACCAAAAAGCAGGUAUGAAACAGAAAAAUACUGGCAAAGACAUGUUUCAUUAUGGCUUACUGGUUUUGUCAUGAUUAUUUAUUAUUAUUUUUCAUUCCUUAUUAUUUGUCAUGAUUAUGUCACCAGCAUUACCCAAACACAUGCACUGACUAGAUAAGUGAAAGCAGUAAGUGCUACUUGUUGGGGUAGUGUUGCUGAAAACCAACUCUCAGCUGUCAAUACCAAAGCCCCCUGGGAGAUAUAUUCUUGUACAACAGAAUUUUAGCUCAGGAAAACACUGGUCCAGAACUGUUUCUGAGCUGAGGGUCAAUAUCACUACCCUGACUUGAGCAUUAACUUGCACCUUGAACUCAGUAAGUGCUACUUGUUGGGGCAGUUUUACUUGACAGAAAAAGCUGUGUGUGUGCGUCCUUUUUUCAUUGUUCUUGAAGUCUGAUCAUGCAAGAAUGUCUCCUAGAUCACUCCAAACAGAGCCACUGCUGAUUUGCUUCAACAAAAGUGCUUCUCUUUGGGGUUGUCUAGGAUGGUAAAAACCACCAAGAGGAUAUGAAAGUUCUCGACUGUUCAUCCACCAGCACUGUGGCAACAUUUGUUUUCAUAAUUUAAUCCAGGAUUAAAAGCCUUGCUGUGCUGAUCAGGGAAAAAUGAGGGGGGUCUAGUCUUGCCUGUAACUGGUCAGUACUGUAACCCCAACACAAACACUGACUUGGGUUCCACAUGCAGUAAGUGCUUUUUGUUGGGGUAGUUUUACUGACAAAGAACUAUUGCAAAGACUCAGAUGAAUAAGGCAUCAACAAAAUCCAGAUGACUGGUUCACAGGGCAGUCAUGACAAGAUGUAGUCUUAUUUCAUCACCCCCUCCGCAUUAAAAGUAGACUUUGAAUGUUACAAUGUAUUGAUGUUGAAUCCGAUGAGGAGGACAUGUGAGGGGCAAGGUGAUAUUUUUUGAUGGGGUGUGAGGCCGCUUACCACUACUCAUUAAUGGGACAUUACCCAGGCUGAUGGGCCAUCCUGUUGAGUAUGGAUCUCUGAAUACAAGCAAUAGUCACAGCUAUGGAAACCAGGAAGUUAACGGGUGGAGUCAAGCCCAAAGGACUGCUUGAAGGAUAUAAAGUUGAGGAAAUGAUGAAAAGCAAUUAAAUGCCUUCCAAAGGGACGCUGCAUGGGGGUCCUGGAAGUAGCAUCUAAGACAUAUAUAACCAGGACAGAAAUUCACUGAUGGCCUGAAGAUUAACCCAACCUGAGCAUUUGACUUGGCUGCUGACCUUCAGUAAGUGCUACAUGUUGGGGCGGUUGUACAUGGCAAAUUCAACAAGCUGGACAGGAGGAGGUUGCAGCAAAUGCACAACAUGAUCACCUCAAAUAGAGACACUGAUGAUUUCUCUGUUCAUAAGUGCUUCUCUUUGGGGGUGUUUUGUUGGUGUCUUUUCACCAAAAAGCAGGUAUGAAACAGAAAAAUACUGGCAAAGACAUGUUUCAUUAUGGCUUACUGGUUUUGUCAUGAUUAUUUAUUAUUAUUUUUCAUUCCUUAUUAUUUGUCAUGAUUAUGUCACCAGCAUUACCCAAACACAUGCACUGACUAGAUAAGUGAAAGCAGUAAGUGCUACUUGUUGGGGUAGUGUUGCUGAAAACCAACUCUCAGCUGUCAAUACCAAAGCCCCCUGGGAGAUAUAUUCUUGUACAACAGAAUUUUAGCUCAGGAAAACACUGGUCCAGAACUGUUUCUGAGCUGAGGGUCAAUAUCACUACCCUGACUUGAGCAUUAACUUGCACCUUGAACUCAGUAAGUGCUACUUGUUGGGGCAGUUUUACUUGACAGAAAAAGCUGUGUGUGCGCGUCCUUUUUUCAUUGUUCUUGAAGUCUGAUCAUGCAAGAAUGUCUCCUAGAUCACUCCAAACAGAGCCACUGCUGAUUUGCUUCAACAAAAGUGCUUCUCUUUGGGGUUGUCUAGGAUGGUAAAAACCACCAAGAGGAUAUGAAAGUUCUCGACUGUUCAUCCACCAGCACUGUGGCAACAUUUGUUUUCAUAAUUUAAUCCAGGAUUAAAAGCCUUGCUGUGCUGAUCAGGGAAAAAUGAGGGGGGUCUAGUCUUGCCUGUAACUGGUCAGUACUGUAACCCCAACACAAACACUGACUUGGGUUCCACAUGCAGUAAGUGCUUUUUGUUGGGGUAGUUUUACUGACAAAGAACUAUUGCAAAGACUCAGAUGAAUAAGGCAUCAACAAAAUCCAGAUGACUGGUUCACAGGGCAGUCAUGACAAGAUGUACUCUUAUUUCAUCACCCCCUCCGCAUUAAAAGUAGACUUUGAAUGUUACAAUGUAAUGAUGUUGAAUCCGAUGAGGAGGACAUGUGAGGGGCAAGGUGAUAUUUUUUGAUGGGGUGUGAGGCCGCUUACCACUACUCAUUAAUGGGACAUUACCCAGGCUGAUGGGCCAUCCUGUUGAGUAUGGAUCUCUGAAUACAAGCAAUAGUCACAGCUAUGGAAACCAGGAAGUUAACGGGUGGAGUCAAGCCCAAAGGACUGCUUGAAGGAUAUAAAGUUGAGGAAAUGAUGAAAAGCAAUUAAAUGCCUUCCAAAGGGACGCUGCAUGGGGGUCCUGGAAGUAGCAUCUAAGACAUAUAUAACCAGGACAGAAAUUCACUGAUGGCCUGAAGAUUAACCCAACCUGAGCAUUUGACUUGGCUGCUGACCUUCAGUAAGUGCUACAUGUUGGGGCGGUUGUACAUGGCAAAUUCAACAAGCUGGACAGGAGGAGGUUGCAGCAAAUGCACAACAUGAUCACCUCAAAUAGAGACACUGAUGAUUUCUCUGUUCAUAAGUGCUUCUCUUUGGGGGUGUUUUGUUGGUGUCUUUUCACCAAAAAGCAGGUAUGAAACAGAAAAAUACUGGCAAAGACAUGUUUCAUUAUGGCUUACUGGUUUUGUCAUGAUUAUUUAUUAUUAUUUUUCAUUCCUUAUUAUUUGUCAUGAUUAUGUCACCAGCAUUACCCAAACACAUGCACUGACUAGAUAAGUGAAAGCAGUAAGUGCUACUUGUUGGGGUAGUGUUGCUGAAAACCAACUCUCAGCUGUCAAUACCAAAGCCCCCUGGGAGAUAUAUUCUUGUACAACAGAAUUUUAGCUCAGGAAAACACUGGUCCAGAACUGUUUCUGAGCUGAGGGUCAAUAUCACUACCCUGACUUGAGCAUUAACUUGCACCUUGAACUCAGUAAGUGCUACUUGUUGGGGCAGUUUUACUUGACAGAAAAAGCUGUGUGUGCGCGUCCUUUUUUCAUUGUUCUUGAAGUCUGAUCAUGCAAGAAUGUCUCCUAGAUCACUCCAAACAGAGCCACUGCUGAUUUGCUUCAACAAAAGUGCUUCUCUUUGGGGUUGUCUAGGAUGGUAAAAACCACCAAGAGGAUAUGAAAGUUCUCGACUGUUCAUCCACCAGCACUGUGGCAACAUUUGUUUUCAUAAUUUAAUCCAGGAUUAAAAGCCUUGCUGUGCUGAUCAGGGAAAAAUGAGGGGGGUCUAGUCUUGCCUGUAACUGGUCAGUACUGUAACCCCAACACAAACACUGACUUGGGUUCCACAUGCAGUAAGUGCUUUUUGUUGGGGUAGUUUUACUGACAAAGAACUAUUGCAAAGACUCAGAUGAAUAAGGCAUCAACAAAAUCCAGAUGACUGGUUCACAGGGCAGUCAUGACAAGAUGUACUCUUAUUUCAUCACCCCCUCCGCAUUAAAAGUAGACUUUGAAUGUUACAAUGUAAUGAUGUUGAAUCCGAUGAGGAGGACAUGUGAGGGGCAAGGUGAUAUUUUUUGAUGGGGUGUGAGGCUGCUUACCACUACUCAUUAAUGGGACAUUACCCAGGCUGAUGGGCCAUCCUGUUGAGUAUGGAUCUCUGAAUACAAGCAAUAGUCACAGCUAUGGAAACCAGGAAGUUACCGGGCGGAGUCAAGCCCAAAGGACUGCUUGAAGGAUAUAAAGUUGAGGAAAUGAUGAAAAGCAAUUAAAUGCCUUCCAAAGGGACGCUGCAUGGGGGUCCUGGAAGUAGCAUCUAAGACAUAUAUAACCAGGACAGAAAUUCACUGAUGGCCUGAAGAUUAACCCAACCUGAGCAUUUGACUUGGCUGCUGACCUUCAGUAAGUGCUACAUGUUGGGGCGGUUGUACAUGGCAAAUUCAACGAGCUGGACAGGAGGAGGUUGCAGCAAAUGCACAACAUGAUCACCUCAAAUAGAGACACUGAUGAUUUCUCUGUUCAUAAGUGCUUCUCUUUGGGGGUGUUUUGUUGGUGUCUUUUCACCAAAAAGCAGGUAUGAAACAGAAAAAUACUGGCAAAGACAUGUUUCAUUAUGGCUUACUGGUUUUGUCAUGAUUAUUUAUUAUUAUUUUUCAUUCCUUAUUAUUUGUCAUGAUUAUGUCACCAGCAUUACCCAAACACAUGCACUGACUAGAUAAGUGAAAGCAGUAAGUGCUACUUGUUGGGGUAGUGUUGCUGAAAACCAACUCUCAGCUGUCAAUACCAAAGCCCCCUGGGAGAUAUAUUCUUGUACAACAGAAUUUUAGCUCAGGAAAACACUGGUCCAGAACUGUUUCUGAGCUGAGGGUCAAUAUCACUACCCUGACUUGAGCAUUAACUUGCACCUUGAACUCAGUAAGUGCUACUUGUUGGGGCAGUUUUACUUGACAGAAAAAGCUGUGUGUGCGCGUCCUUUUUUCAUUGUUCUUGAAGUCUGAUCAUGCAAGAAUGUCUCCUAGAUCACUCCAAACAGAGCCACUGCUGAUUUGCUUCAACAAAAGUGCUUCUCUUUGGGGUUGUCUAGGAUGGUAAAAACCACCAAGAGGAUAUGAAAGUUCUCGACUGUUCAUCCACCAGCACUGUGGCAACAUUUGUUUUCAUAAUUUAAUCCAGGAUUAAAAGCCUUGCUGUGCUGAUCAGGGAAAAAUGAGGGGGGUCUAGUCUUGCCUGUAACUGGUCAGUACUGUAACCCCAACACAAACACUGACUUGGGUUCCACAUGCAGUAAGUGCUUUUUGUUGGGGUAGUUUUACUGACAAAGAACUAUUGCAAAGACUCAGAUGAAUAAGGCAUCAACAAAAUCCAGAUGACUGGUUCACAGGGCAGUCAUGACAAGAUGUACUCUUAUUUCAUCACCCCCUCCGCAUUAAAAGUAGACUUUGAAUGUUACAAUGUAAUGAUGUUGAAUCCGAUGAGGAGGACAUGUGAGGGGCAAGGUGAUAUUUUUUGAUGGGGUGUGAGGCCGCUUACCACUACUCAUUAAUGGGACAUUACCCAGGCUGAUGGGCCAUCCUGUUGAGUAUGGAUCUCUGAAUACAAGCAAUAGUCACAGCUAUGGAAACCAGGAAGUUAACGGGUGGAGUCAAGCCCAAAGGACUGCUUGAAGGAUAUAAAGUUGAGGAAAUGAUGAAAAGCAAUUAAAUGCCUUCCAAAGGGACGCUGCAUGGGGGUCCUGGAAGUAGCAUCUAAGACAUAUAUAACCAGGACAGAAAUUCACUGAUGGCCUGAAGAUUAACCCAACCUGAGCAUUUGACUUGGCUGCUGACCUUCAGUAAGUGCUACAUGUUGGGGCGGUUGUACAUGGCAAAUUCAACAAGCUGGACAGGAGGAGGUUGCAGCAAAUGCACAACAUGAUCACCUCAAAUAGAGACACUGAUGAUUUCUCUGUUCAUAAGUGCUUCUCUUUGGGGGUGUUUUGUUGGUGUCUUUUCACCAAAAAGCAGGUAUGAAACAGAAAAAUACUGGCAAAGACAUGUUUCAUUAUGGCUUACUGGUUUUGUCAUGAUUAUUUAUUAUUAUUUUUCAUUCCUUAUUAUUUGUCAUGAUUAUGUCACCAGCAUUACCCAAACACAUGCACUGACUAGAUAAGUGAAAGCAGUAAGUGCUACUUGUUGGGGUAGUGUUGCUGAAAACCAACUCUCAGCUGUCAAUACCAAAGCCCCCUGGGAGAUAUAUUCUUGUACAACAGAAUUUUAGCUCAGGAAAACACUGGUCCAGAACUGUUUCUGAGCUGAGGGUCAAUAUCACUACCCUGACUUGAGCAUUAACUUGCACCUUGAACUCAGUAAGUGCUACUUGUUGGGGCAGUUUUACUUGACAGAAAAAGCUGUGUGUGGCGUCCUUUUUCAUUGUUCUUGAAGUCUGAUCAUGCAAGAAUGUCUCCUAGAUCACUCCAAACAGAGCCACUGCUGAUUUUCUUCAACAAAAGUGCUUCUCUUUGGGGCUGUCUAGGAUGGUAAAAACCACCAAGAGGUUAUGAAAGUUCUCGACUGUUCAUCCACCUUCACUGUGGCAACAUUUGUUUUCAUAAUUUAAUCCAGGAUUAAAAGCCUUGCUGUGCUGAUCAGGGAAAAAUGAGGGGGGUCUAGUCUUGCCUGUAACUGGUCUGUACUGUAACCCCAACACAAACACUGACUUGGGUUCCACAUGCAGUAAGUGCUUUUUGUUGGGGUAGUUUUACUGACAAAGAACUAUUGCAAAGACUCAGAUGAAUAAGGCAUCAACAAAAUCCAGAUGACUGGUUCACAGGGCAGUCAUGACAAGAUGUAGUCUUAUUUCAUCACCCCCUCCGCAUUAAAAGUAGACUUUGAAUGUUACAAUGUAUUGAUGUUGAAUCCGAUGAGGAGGACAUGUGAGGGGCAAGGUGAUAUUUUUUGAUGGGGUGUGAGGCCGCUUACCACUACUCAUUAAUGGGACAUUACCCAGGCUGAUGGGCCAUCCUGUUGAGUAUGGAUCUCUGAAUACAAGCAAUAGUCACAGCUAUGGAAACCAGGAAGUUACCGGGCGGAGUCAAGCCCAAAGGACUGCUUGAAGGAUAUAAAGUUGAGGAAAUGAUGAAAAGCAAUUAAAUGCCUUCCAAAGGGACGCUGCAUGGGGGUCCUGGAAGUAGCAUCUAAGACAUAUAUAACCAGGACAGAAAUUCACUGAUGGCCUGAAGAUUAACCCAACCUGAGCAUUUGACUUGGCUGCUGACCUUCAGUAAGUGCUACAUGUUGGGGCGGUUGUACAUGGCAAAUUCAACAAGCUGGACAGGAGGAGGUUGCAGCAAAUGCACAACAUGAUCACCUCAAAUAGAGACACUGAUGAUUUCUCUGUACAUAAGUGCUUCUCUUUGGGGGUGUUUUGUUGGUGUCUUUUCACCAAAAAGCAGGUAUGAAACAGAAAAAUACUGGCAAAGACAUGUUUCAUUAUGGCUUACUGGUUUUGUCAUGAUUAUUUAUUAUUAUUUUUCAUUCCUUAUUAUUUGUCAUGAUUAUGUCACCAGCAUUACCCAAACACAUGCACUGACUAGAUAAGUGAAAGCAGUAAGUGCUACUUGUUGGGGUAGUGUUGCUGAAAACCAACUCUCAGCUGUCAAUACCAAAGCCCCCUGGGAGAUAUAUUCUUGUACAACAGAAUUUUAGCUCAGGAAAACACUGGUCCAGAACUGUUUCUGAGCUGAGGGUCAAUAUCACUACCCUGACUUGAGCAUUAACUUGCACCUUGAACUCAGUAAGUGCUACUUGUUGGGGCAGUUUUACUUGACAGAAAAAGCUGUGUGUGCGCGUCCUUUUUUCAUUGUUCUUGAAGUCUGAUCAUGCAAGAAUGUCUCCUAGAUCACUCCAAACAGAGCCACUGCUGAUUUGCUUCAACAAAAGUGCUUCUCUUUGGGGUUGUCUAGGAUGGUAAAAACCACCAAGAGGAUAUGAAAGUUCUCGACCGUUCAUCCACCAGCACUGUGGCAACAUUUGUUUUCAUAAUUUAAUCCAGGAUUAAAAGCCUUGCUGUGCUGAUCAGGGAAAAAUGAGGGGGUCUAGUCUUGCCUGUAACUGGUCAGUACUGUAACCCCAACGCAAACACUGACUUGGGUUCCACAUGCAGUAAGUGCUUUUUGUUGGGGUAGUUUUACUGACAAAGAACUAUUGCAAAGACUCAGAUGAAUAAGGCAUCAACAAAAUCCAGAUGACUGGUUCACAGGGCAGUCAUGACAAGAUGUACUCUUAUUUCAUCACCCCCUCCGCAUUAAAAGUAGACUUUGAAUGUUACAAUGUAUUGAUGUUGAAUCCGAUGAGGAGGACAUGUGAGGGGCAAGGUGAUAUUUUUUGAUGGGGUGUGAGGCUGCUUACCACUACUCAUUAAUGGGACAUUACCCAGGCUGAUGGGCCAUCCUGUUGAGUAUGGAUCUCUGAAUACAAGCAAUAGUCACAGCUAUGGAAACCAGGAAGUUACCGGGCGGAGUCAAGCCCAAAGGACUGCUUGAAGGAUAUAAAGUUGAGGAAAUGAUGAAAAGCAAUUAAAUGCCUUCCAAAGGGACGCUGCAUGGAGGUCCUGGAAGUAGCAUCUAAGACAUAUAUAACCAGGACAGAAAUUCACUGAUGGCCUGAGGAUAAACCCAACCUGAGCAUUUGACUUGGCUGCUGAUCUUCAGUAAGUGCUUCAUGUUGGGGCGGUUGUACAUGGCAAAUUCAACGAGCUGGACAGGAGGAGGUUGCAGCAAAUGCACAACAUGAUCACCUCAAAUAGAGACACUGAUGAUUUCUCUGUUCAUAAGUGCUUCUCUUUGGGGGUGUUUUGUUGGUGUCUUUUCACCAAAAAGCAGGUAUGAAACAGAAAAAUACUGGCAGAGACAUGUUUCAUUAUGGCUUACUGGUUUUGUCAUGAUUAUUUAUUAUUAUUUUUCAUUCCUUAUUAUUUGUCAUGAUUAUGUCACCAGCAUUACCCAAACACAUGCACUGACUAGAUAAGUGAAAGCAGUAAGUGCUACUUGUUGGGGUAGUGUUGCUGAAAACCAACUCUCAGCUGUCAAUACCAAAGCCCCCUGGGAGAUAUAUUCUUGUACAACAGAAUUUUAGCUCAGGAAAACACUGGUCCAGAACUGUUUCUGAGCUGAGGGUCAAUAUCACUACCCUGACUUGAGCAUUAACUUGCACCUUGAACUCAGUAAGUGCUACUUGUUGGGGCAGUUUUACUUGACAGAAAAAGCUGUGUGUGCGCGUCCUUUUUUCAUUGUUCUUGAAGUCUGAUCAUGCAAGAAUGUCUCCUAGAUCACUCCAAACAGAGCCACUGCUGAUUUGCUUCAACAAAAGUGCUUCUCUUUGGGGUUGUCUAGGAUGGUAAAAACCACCAAGAGGAUAUGAAAGUUCUCGACUGUUCAUCCACCAGCACUGUGGCAACAUUUGUUUUCAUAAUUUAAUCCAGGAUUAAAAGCCUUGCUGUGCUGAUCAGGGAAAAAUGAGGGGGGUCUAGUCUUGCCUGUAACUGGUCAGUACUGUAACCCCAACACAAACACUGACUUGGGUUCCACAUGCAGUAAGUGCUUUUUGUUGGGGUAGUUUUACUGACAAAGAACUAUUGCAAAGACUCAGAUGAAUAAGGCAUCAACAAAAUCCAGAUGACUGGUUCACAGGGCAGUCAUGACAAGAUGUAGUCUUAUUUCAUCACCCCCUCCGCAUUAAAAGUAGACUUUGAAUGUUACAAUGUAUUGAUGUUGAAUCCGAUGAGGAGGACAUGUGAGGGGCAAGGUGAUGUUUUUGAUGGGGUGUGAGGCUGCUUACCACUACUCAUUAAUGGGACAUUACCCAGGCUGAUGGGCCAUCCUGUUGAGUAUGGAUCUCUGAAUACAAGCAAUAGUCACAGCUAUGGAAACCAGGAAGUUACCGGGCGGAGUCAAGCCCAAAGGACUGCUUGAAGGAUAUAAAGUUGAGGAAAUGAUGAAAAGCAAUUAAAUGCCUUCCAAAGGGACGCUGCAUGGAGGUCCUGGAAGUAGCAUCUAAGACAUAUAUAACCAGGACAGAAAUUCACUGAUGGCCUGAAGAUUAACCCAACCUGAGCAUUUGACUUGGCUGCUGACCUUCAGUAAGUGCUACAUGUUGGGGCGGUUGACAUGGCAAAUUCAACGAGCUGGACAGGAGGAGGUUGCAGCAAAUGCACAACAUGAUCACCUCAAAUAGAGACACUGAUGAUUUCUCUGUUCAUAAGUGCUUCUCUUUGGGGGUGUUUUGUUGGUGUCUUUUCACCAAAAAGCAGGUAUGAAACAGAAAAAUACUGGCAAAGACAUGUUUCAUUAUGGCUUACUGGUUUUGUCAUGAUUAUUUAUUAUUAUUUUUCAUUCCUUAUUAUUUGUCAUGAUUAUGUCACCAGCAUUACCCAAACACAUGCACUGACUAGAUAAGUGAAAGCAGUAAGUGCUACUUGUUGGGGUAGUGUUGCUGAAAACCAACUCUCAGCUGUCAAUACCAAAGCCCCCUGGGAGAUAUAUUCUUGUACAACAGAAUUUUAGCUCAGGAAAACACUGGUCCAGAACUGUUUCUGAGCUGAGGGUCAAUAUCACUACCCUGACUUGAGCAUUAACUUGCACCUUGAACUCAGUAAGUGCUACUUGUUGGGGCAGUUUUACUUGACAGAAAAAGCUGUGUGUGCGCGUCCUUUUUUCAUUGUUCUUGAAGUCUGAUCAUGCAAGAAUGUCUCCUAGAUCACUCCAAACAGAGCCACUGCUGAUUUGCUUCAACAAAAGUGCUUCUCUUUGGGGUUGUCUAGGAUGGUAAAAACCACCAAGAGGAUAUGAAAGUUCUCGACUGUUCAUCCACCAGCACUGUGGCAACAUUUGUUUUCAUAAUUUAAUCCAGGAUUAAAAGCCUUGCUGUGCUGAUCAGGGAAAAAUGAGGGGGGUCUAGUCUUGCCUGUAACUGGUCAGUACUGUAACCCCAACACAAACACUGACUUGGGUUCCACAUGCAGUAAGUGCUUUUUGUUGGGGUAGUUUUACUGACAAAGAACUAUUGCAAAGACUCAGAUGAAUAAGGCAUCAACAAAAUCCAGAUGACUGGUUCACAGGGCAGUCAUGACAAGAUGUAGUCUUAUUUCAUCACCCCCUCCGCAUUAAAAGUAGACUUUGAAUGUUACAAUGUAUUGAUGUUGAAUCCGAUGAGGAGGACAUGUGAGGGGCAAGGUGAUAUUUUUUGAUGGGGUGUGAGGCUGCUUACCACUACUCAUUAAUGGGACAUUACCCAGGCUGAUGGGCCAUCCUGUUGAGUAUGGAUCUCUGAAUACAAGCAAUAGUCACAGCUAUGGAAACCAGGAAGUUACCGGGCGGAGUCAAGCCCAAAGGACUGCUUGAAGGAUAUAAAGUUGAGGAAAUGAUGAAAAGCAAUUAAAUGCCUUCCAAAGGGACGCUGCAUGGGGGUCCUGGAAGUAGCAUCUAAGACAUAUAUAACCAGGACAGAAAUUCACUGAUGGCCUGAAGAUUAACCCAACCUGAGCAUUUGACUUGGCUGCUGACCUUCAGUAAGUGCUACAUGUUGGGGCGGUUGUACAUGGCAAAUUCAACGAGCUGGACAGGAGGAGGUUGCAGCAAAUGCACAACAUGAUCACCUCAAAUAGAGACACUGAUGAUUUCUCUGUUCAUAAGUGCUUCUCUUUGGGGGUGUUUUGUUGGUGUCUUUUCACCAAAAAGCAGGUAUGAAACAGAAAAAUACUGGCAAAGACAUGUUUCAUUAUGGCUUACUGGUUUUGUCAUGAUUAUUUAUUAUUAUUUUUCAUUCCUUAUUAUUUGUCAUGAUUAUGUCACCAGCAUUACCCAAACACAUGCACUGACUAGAUAAGUGAAAGCAGUAAGUGCUACUUGUUGGGGUAGUGUUGCUGAAAACCAACUCUCAGCUGUCAAUACCAAAGCCCCCUGGGAGAUAUAUUCUUGUACAACAGAAUUUUAGCUCAGGAAAACACUGGUCCAGAACUGUUUCUGAGCUGAGGGUCAAUAUCACUACCCUGACUUGAGCAUUAACUUGCACCUUGAACUCAGUAAGUGCUACUUGUUGGGGCAGUUUUACUUGACAGAAAAAGCUGUGUGUGCGCGUCCUUUUUUCAUUGUUCUUGAAGUCUGAUCAUGCAAGAAUGUCUCCUAGAUCACUCCAAACAGAGCCACUGCUGAUUUGCUUCAACAAAAGUGCUUCUCUUUGGGGUUGUCUAGGAUGGUAAAAACCACCAAGAGGAUAUGAAAGUUCUCGACUGUUCAUCCACCAGCACUGUGGCAACAUUUGUUUUCAUAAUUUAAUCCAGGAUUAAAAGCCUUGCUGUGCUGAUCAGGGAAAAAUGAGGGGGGUCUAGUCUUGCCUGUAACUGGUCAGUACUGUAACCCCAACACAAACACUGACUUGGGUUCCACAUGCAGUAAGUGCUUUUUGUUGGGGUAGUUUUACUGACAAAGAACUAUUGCAAAGACUCAGAUGAAUAAGGCAUCAACAAAAUCCAGAUGACUGGUUCACAGGGCAGUCAUGACAAGAUGUAGUCUUAUUUCAUCACCCCCUCCGCAUUAAAAGUAGACUUUGAAUGUUACAAUGUAUUGAUGUUGAAUCCGAUGAGGAGGACAUGUGAGGGGCAAGGUGAUAUUUUUUGAUGGGGUGUGAGGCCGCUUACCACUACUCAUUAAUGGGACAUUACCCAGGCUGAUGGGCCAUCCUGUUGAGUAUGGAUCUCUGAAUACAAGCAAUAGUCACAGCUAUGGAAACCAGGAAGUUACCGGGCGGAGUCAAGCCCAAAGGACUGCUUGAAGGAUAUAAAGUUGAGGAAAUGAUGAAAAGCAAUUAAAUGCCUUCCAAAGGGACGCUGCAUGGGGGUCCUGGAAGUAGCAUCUAAGACAUAUAUAACCAGGACAGAAAUUCACUGAUGGCCUGAAGAUUAACCCAACCUGAGCAUUUGACUUGGCUGCUGACCUUCAGUAAGUGCUACAUGUUGGGGCGGUUGUACAUGGCAAAUUCAACGAGCUGGACAGGAGGAGGUUGCAGCAAAUGCACAACAUGAUCACCUCAAAUAGAGACACUGAUGAUUUCUCUGUUCAUAAGUGCUUCUCUUUGGGGGUGUUUUGUUG